AUGAAAAUAUUUUUGCCACUAGUCACGUGGAUAGUGCUACUACUCUCGAGUACAGUACAUUCACAACACCAACAAACACAACCCUUUAAGACAAAUCCAAACAAGCAUAGUCGAUUUCGAGGCGAAGUAUUCUUUCUGAAUCUCGAAGAUGGAUAUUUUGGCUGCCAAGUUAAUGAGUCUACAGACUAUUUGCAACUAUACGAUCUAUCGAGAAUAUGCGACGGUAAUCAAGACUGUUUUCUUGGUUCCGAUGAGCUGAGCAAAGAGCUCAAAUGCACAAAUGACUGUGAUAAGGAUGGCACACAGUGCACAAAUGGUGUUUGCCUGAAUGGUGUUUGCCAUUGCAAUGACGGCUUUGGCGGCUGCAAUUGCGUCGAUCCGGAUGAGAACGAAUGCAAGCAGCGUCCAUGCGAUGUGUUUGCCCAUUGCACAAACACAUUGGGCAGCUUCACGUGUACCUGCUUUCCGGGCUAUCGCGGCGAUGGUUUCCAUUGUGAAGACAUUGACGAAUGCCAAGAUCCGGCGAUAGCGUUGCGUUGCGUGGAGAAUGCCGAAUGCUGUAAUCUGCCGGCGCACUUCCUGUGCAAGUGCAAGGACGGCUAUACGGGAGACGGCGAGGUGCUGUGCACGGACAUCGACGAGUGCAGCAAUCCGCUGGCCUGUGGUGCCCAUGCCCAGUGCAUCAACACGCCCGGCAACCACACGUGCGCCUGCCCCGAAGGCUUUGUGGGCAAUCCUUAUGACGGUUGUCAGGAUGUUGAUGAAUGCGCAUAUCCGAACGUGUGCGGACCAGGUGCCAUAUGUACGAAUCUCGAGGGCAGUUAUCGCUGCAACUGCCCGCCGGGAUACGAUGGCGAUGGACGCGCCGAACAGGGCUGCGUCGAUCUGGACGAAUGCGCACGCACGCCAUGCGGACGCAAUGCGGAUUGCCUAAAUACGGAUGGCAGCUUUCGCUGCCUUUGCCCCGAUGGCUUCAGCGGUGACCCGAUGCACGGCUGCGAGGAUGUCGAUGAAUGCGCCAUUAACAAUCCAUGCGGUAUGGGUGCUCAAUGCGUGAACUUGGGCGGUAGCUUUCAAUGUCGUUGUCCACUGGGCUUUGUGCUUGAGCAUGAUCCGCACGCUGAGGCGCCAAUGGUGGCCACACCCACACUACAACUGGGCUAUGCCGAUGGCGAUACACUGAUAACACCAGCCCCAACAUCGGGCGCCGGCUUGGCCUGCCUGGACAUCGAUGAGUGCAAUCAGCCGGAUGGUGUGGCCAAAUGUGGUACCAAUGCCAAGUGCAUAAAUUUCCCAGGCUCAUAUCGCUGUCUCUGUCCAAGCGGAUUUCAAGGACAGGGCUAUUUGCACUGCGAGAACAUCAACGAAUGCCAGGAUAAUCCGUGCGGAGAAAACGCGAUAUGUACGGACACCGUCGGCAGCUUCGUUUGCUCGUGCAAACCGGACUACACCGGUGAUCCGUUCCGCGGCUGUGUGGAUAUCGAUGAAUGCGCCGCACUGGAUAAGCCAUGUGGACAGCAUGCGAUCUGUGAAAAUACCGUGCCGGGCUACAAUUGCAAAUGCCCGCAGGGCUAUGAUGGAAAGCCCGAUCCAAAAGUGGCCUGCGAACAAGUCGAUGUGAACAUUUUAUGUCACAGCAACUUUGAUUGCACCAACAAUGCUGAGUGCAUUGAGAACCAGUGUUUCUGCUUGGACGGAUUCGAACCCAUUGGAUCCAGCUGCGUAGACAUUGAUGAGUGUCGCACUCACGCAGAGGCCUGCGGCCCUCAUGCCCAAUGCCUGAAUACGCCCGGUUCCUAUCGAUGCGACUGCGAAGCCGGCUACGUUGGCAGCCCUCCGCGAAUGGCUUGCAAGCAGCCCUGCGAGGAUGUGCACUGUGGUGCUCAUGCCUACUGCAAGCCGGAUCAGAACGAAGCGUACUGUGUCUGCGAGGAUGGAUGGACCUAUAAUCCGAGUGAUGUAGCCGCCGGAUGCGUGGAUAUUGAUGAGUGCGAUGUGCUGCACGGACCCUUCGGUAGCUGUGGCCAGAAUGCCAGCUGCACCAACACACCAGGUGGCUAUAGUUGCGCUUGUCCACCCGGCUACUCGGGUGAUCCACACAGCAAGUGCCUAGAUGUGGAUGAGUGCCGAGCGGGUGGUAAAUGCGGAGCUGGUGCUGAUUGUGUCAAUAUGCCAGGAGGCGGUUAUACUUGCCGCUGCCCUGAGGGCACACUUCCAGACCCGGAUCCUUCAGUGCGCUGCGUUCCCAUCGUUAGCUGCGCCACCAACGAGCAGUGCCCCGGAAAUGCCAUCUGCGAUGAGACCAAACGCUGUCUGUGCCCGGAACCAAAUAUUGGCAACGAUUGUCGACAUCCCUGCGAGACGCGCGACUGCGGCGCCCAUGCUCAGUGCAUGCUGGCCAAUGGACAAGCACAAUGCCUCUGCGCGCCAGGCUAUACGGGUAAUGCAGCAUUACCAGGAGGAUGCAGUGAUAUCGACGAGUGCCGCGCCAAUCCCUGUGCUGCCAAUGCAAUUUGCAGCAACACAGCCGGCGGGUAUUUGUGCCAAUGCCCAGGUGGAUCCACUGGUGAUGCCUAUGGCGAAGGCUGCGCCACAGCCAAGACUGUAGGCUGCUCCGACACCAGUCCGUGUGCCUUAGGCGAAAGCUGUGUUCAGGAUACAUUUACAGGCAGCAGUGUUUGUAUUUGUCGCCAAGGAUAUGAGCGUAAUCCCGAAAGUGGCCAGUGCCAGGAUCUUGAUGAGUGUGGAGCACAGCGCGCAAAGCCUGCGUGUGGCCUGAAUGCACUCUGUAAAAAUCUGCCAGGCAGCUACGAGUGUCGCUGUCCACAAGGAUACACCGGUAAUCCCUUCGUCAUGUGCGAGAUCUGCAGCAGUCCCGAGUGCCAAUGCCAAGCACCGUAUAAGCUGCUCGGUAACAGCUGCGUGUUGGCUGGUUGCUCCAGUGGACAGCCAUGCCCCAGCGGUGCGGAGUGCAUUUCUAUAGCGGGUGGUGUUAGCUACUGCGCCUGCCCCAAGGGCUACCAAACCCAGCCGGAUGGAAGCUGCAUAGAUGUCAAUGAGUGCGAGGAACGUGGUGCUCAGCUAUGCGCCUAUGGCGCUCAAUGCGUCAACCAACAGGGCGGCUACAGCUGUCACUGCCCCGAGGGCUACCAAGGAGAUGCGUACAAUGGACUCUGCGCGCCGGCACAGCGAAAGUGUGCUGCUGACAAGGAGUGCGCCAGCAAUGAGAAAUGUAUACAGCCAGGCGAAUGUGUUUGCCCACCGCCCUACUUUCUGGAUCCACAGGAUAACAACAAAUGUAAGAGUCCCUGUGAGCGGUUCGCCUGUGGCAUCAAUGCCAAGUGCACGCCCUCCGAUCCACCGCAGUGCAUGUGCGAAGCGGGAUUCAAAGGUGACCCGCUCCUCGGAUGCACCGAUGAAGAUGAGUGCGCCCACUUGCCCUGCGCCUAUGGUGCCUACUGUGUCAACAAAAAGGGCGGCUACCAGUGCGUCUGCCCCAAGGGAUUCACCGGUGAUCCCUACAAGAGUGGUUGCAUACUGGAGAACGGCGUGCCAAAGAGCACCUGCCUCAACAACGAAGACUGCGCUAGCAAUCUAGCCUGUCUGGAUGGCAGCUGCCUCAGCCCCUGCGCCAGUCUGCUAUGUGGCUCCAACGCCUAUUGCGAGACGGAACAGCAUGCAGGCUGGUGCCGGUGUCGUGUAGGUUUCGUCAAGAAUGCCGAUGGCGAUUGUGUAUCGCAGUGCCAGGAUAUCAUCUGCGGUGAUGGCGCACUCUGCAUACCCACCAGCGAGGGACCCACCUGCAAGUGCCCACAGGGCUACUUAGGCAAUCCCUUCCCGGGCGGAAGCUGCAGCACUGAUCAGUGCACUGCCUCUAGACCCUGCGAUGAGCGUCAGAUCUGCAUUAAUGGACGCUGUAAGGAACGCUGCGAGGGCGUUGUCUGUGGCAUUGGCGCCACCUGCGAUAAGAACAACGGUAAAUGUGUCUGUGAGCCUAACUUUGUGGGCAAUCCUGAUCUGCUAUGCAUGCCACCCAUCGAACAAGCCAAAUGCUCGCCAAGCUGCGGCGAAAAUGCGCAUUGCGAGUAUGGACUAGGCCAGAGCCGUUGCGCCUGUAACCCAGGCACCUUUGGUAAUCCCUACGAGGGAUGCGGCGCCCAGAAAAAGAAUGUCUGCCAACCAAACAGCUGCGGACCGAAUGCCGAGUGCCGUGGUGCGGAUAAUCAGAUUACCUGCAUAUGUCCACAAGGAUUUAACGGCAACCCCUAUGUGGGAUGCCAGGAUGUGGACGAGUGCGUCAACAAGCCGUGCGGUCUAAACGCUGCCUGCCUUAACACAGCGGGUAGCUUUGAGUGUCUCUGUCUAUCCGGCCAUGCCGGCAAUCCAUACAGCAGCUGCCAGCCUAUUGAGAGCAAAUUCUGUCAGGAUGCCAGCCAGUGUCAGUGCAGCGAGCGCGUAGAAUGCCCCGAUGGCUACAGCUGUCAAGGUGGCCAGUGCAAGAAUCUAUGCUCCAACACAGCGUGUGGGCCGCGUGCUAUUUGCGAUGCGGGCAAAUGUUUGUGCCCGCUGGGCUAUGUGGGAGAUCCGCUUGAUCUGAGCCAAGGCUGCAGUAUACGCGGUCAGUGCGGCAACGAUGCGGACUGCCGCCACACGGAGAUCUGCUUCCAGCUGGGUAAGGGCUUGCGCAAGUGCGUGGAUGCCUGUUCCAAGAUUCAAUGCGGUCCCAAUGCGCUAUGUGUGGCUGAUGAUCAUCGUUCCUCGUGCAUUUGCGCCGACGGAUACUUUGGAAAUCCGAGCAAUUUACAAGUAGGCUGCCAGCCGGAACGCAAGGUUCCCGAUCUUGAAAAUACAUGUAAGACGGACAAGGAUUGCAAACGUGGUUUUGGCUGUCAAACCGACGCACUAGGCAGUCGCGAAUGCAUUAAUUUGUGCUCCAACGUUGUCUGUGGUCCCAACGAGCUUUGCAAGAUCAAUCCAGCCGGACACGCCAUUUGCAACUGUGCGGAUAGCUUCGUAUGGAAUCCAGUUGUCUCCUCAUGCGAGAAGCCUUCGCUACCCGACUGCACCAGUGAUGAGAACUGCCCGGAUGGCUCCGCUUGCCGCCCUGACGUACUAGGUGUGCUAAAGUGUGUUGCCAUCUGCGAUGCCUUCACUUGUCCGGCCAACUCAAUUUGCGUUGCCCGCCAUCAUCAAGGACGCUGUGAUUGCCUAAGCGGAUUUGUGGGAAAUCCCAACGAUCGCAAUGGCUGCCAGUUGGAGCGCAAGCAUCAGUGCCGUAGUAAUGCUGAAUGUCCCGAAUCGGAAGCGUGCAUUAAGGACGAGUCCACGCAGUCGUUGAGCUGCCGUUCCGCUUGUGACAGCGUCAAAUGUGGACCACGUGCCGUUUGCAUCACGAACAAUCAUCAGGCUCAGUGCCAGUGUCCACCAGGCCCCUACGCAGGUGAUCCGUACGAUCCCUUUAACGGCUGCCAGAGCGUGCCCUGCGUCUACAACCAUGAUUGUCCAACUAAUCAAAUGUGCAACCGCAUGACGCACACCUGUUACGAUGUGUGCGAUGAGGAAUCCUGUGGUGAAAAUGCUAUUUGCCUGGCCGAAGAUCAUCGCGCCGUCUGCCAGUGCCCACCCGGCUACCGUGGAAACCCACUGCCUGAGGUGUCUUGCGUUAAGCAAAAUGGCUGUGCGCCUGGAAGCUGCCAUCCCACGGCAAUCUGUGAGGUCACGCCCGACGGCGCCAGCUGUAAGUGUCCACCCCUAUUUGUGGGCGAGCCUGAACCCAAUACGAGAGGCUGCCGUCCAGAUGGACAGUGCCCCAAUGGCGAUGCUGACUGCCCGGUAAAUACCAUCUGCGCUGGAGGGCGCUGCCUAAAUCCCUGCGAUAAUGCCUGUGGAGCCAAUGCGGACUGCAAGGUGGUCAAUCGGAAAGCGGUUUGCAGCUGUCCGCUGCGAUUCCAGCCAAUCUCCGACUCUGCAAAGAACGGCUGCGCACGUAGUGCGUCCAAGUGUCUCACAGACGUCGAUUGUGGAGGAGAGCUGUGCUACAAUGGCCAGUGCCGCGUGGCAUGCCGCAACACACAGGACUGCUCUGAUGGUGAGAGCUGCUUUGGGAAUGUUUGCGUUGUCGCCUGCCUGGAUCACAGCCAGUGCGCCAAGGGCUUGGCCUGUAUGGAGGGUCACUGCGCUAUCGGCUGUCGCAGCAACAAGGAGUGCAAGCAGGAGCAGUCGUGCAUUGGCAACAAGUGCAUGGAUCCUUGUCAAUCAAGCACCAGCUGCGGACCCAAUGCGCUCUGUAGCAUUGCCCAGCAUCGCAGUCAAUGCACCUGCCCGGAUGGCUUUGAGGGCAACCCAACACCCGAACAGGGUUGCGUGCGGGUGCCCUCUCCGUGUCUCGCCAGUAACCAGUGCCCGAGCGGUCAUAUGUGCAUUGGCAAUCAGUGUAAUCUGCCCUGCACCAAGACCUCCGCCUGCGCCGUGGGAGAACGAUGCUACCAGCAGGUCUGCAGAAAGGUCUGCUACACUAGCAACAAUUGUCUGGCGGGCGAGAUCUGCAACAGCGAUCGCACCUGCCAGCCUGGCUGCGAAUCGGAUGCGGAUUGUCCACCUACCGAGCUAUGUUUAAGUGGAAAGUGCAAAUGCGCCAAUGGAUUUAUUGGCACACCCUUUGGAUGCUCGGAUAUUGAUGAGUGCACGGAGCAGCCAUGCCAUGCCACCGCGAAAUGUGAAAAUGUGCCUGGCUCUUAUCGUUGCGUCUGUCCGGAGGGCACCGUUGGAGAUGGUUACACACAACAGGGUUGCACAAAGCCAAGAGAGUGCAACAAGCCUGACGAUUGUGCCAAUAGCUUGUCCUGUAUUCAUGGCAAGUGCACGGAUCCUUGUUUGCACACGGUAUGUGGAGCCAAUGCCCAAUGCCAGGCGGAAGCCCAUGAGUCAGUGUGCACCUGUCCUGCUGGCUAUCUGGGCGAUCCCAAUGACACCGGUGUCGGUUGUUUUAAAGUAGAGUGCAUUGAUCAUGUGGAUUGCGCAAGUGAUCGCGCCUGUGAUGCGGAGACUAAUCGAUGCAUCAAACCAUGUGACCUAAUCAGCUGCGGUAAGGGCAGCUGCCAGGUGUCAGAUCACAAAGCCGUAUGUGAAUGUAACGAAGGCUACCAGCUUAUCAAUGGAGCUUGUGAGGAUAUCAACGAGUGCCUACACCAGCCUUGUCAUAGCACAGCUUUCUGCGACAAUCUGCCCGGCAGCUACAACUGUAAGUGCCCCGAGGGACUAAUUGGUGAUCCUCUGCAGGCGGGCUGUCGCGAUCCCAGCGAAUGCCUCAGCGAUGCUGACUGCCCGACCACGGCCAGCUGCCAGAACUCCCGAUGCCGUAGUCCUUGUGAGCGCCAAAACGCUUGUGGGCUAAAUGCAAACUGCUUAGCCCAGUCCCACAAUGCCAUUUGCAGCUGUCCCGCCAACUCGCGUGGUGAUCCGCAAGUAGAAUGCGUGCACAUCGAGUGCGCUGACAAUGGCGACUGUGGCGCUGAUAAGGCCUGCCUAGAUGCCAAGUGUAUUGAUCCCUGUUCGCUCCCGAAUGCCUGUGGUGCACUGGCUCGAUGUUCGGUGCAGAAUCAUAUUGGAGUCUGUGCGUGCGAAUCGGGCAGUACUGGAGAUGCGAAACAAGGCUGUGUGCCGCUUCAAUACUGCCAACAAGACACUCAGUGUCCACAGGGCAGCAUCUGUGCGCACGGAAUCUGCAGUCCUUUAUGCAGCAGUAAUCGCGAUUGUAUUUCGGAACAGCUAUGUCUGCAGGGCGUCUGCAAGAGCACCUGCAAGACGAACACCACCUGUCCACAGUUCCAGUUCUGCCAAAACAACAUUUGCGUCAAAGAAAUGGAGUGCAGUGUUAAUAGCGACUGCGGCGAGGAUGAAACUUGCCUUGUCGAUGCCUUUGGACGUGCUCGAUGUGAAUCUGUCUGCCUUGGACGCUCUGCCUGUGGACGCAACGCGGAAUGCAUUGCGCGCUCCCAUGAGCCCGACUGCAUAUGCAAGGAGGGUUUCUUUGGGGAUGCCCGCUCAGGCUGCCGCAAGAUCGAGUGCAGCACCGAUGCUGACUGCUCCAACGAUAAAAGCUGCGACAAUCACAUGUGCAAGAUCGCCUGCUUGAUUGGGCAGCCGUGCGGCGAGAAUGCACUUUGCACUACCGAGAAUCAUCAUCAGGUGUGCCACUGUCAGCCCGGCUUCAGUGGUGAUCCGCGCAUCCGUUGUGAUGUCAUUGACUUUUGUAAGGACGCACCGUGCGGACCCGGCGCCCGUUGUCGUAAUUCGCGUGGUUCCUACAAAUGCACCUGUCCACCUGGUCUCGUCGGCGAUCCCUACAACGAGGGUUGCCGCAGCUCCGUCGAGUGCGAGACGCACGACGAUUGUCCCCCGCAUGCCGCAUGCACCAAGACUAACGGAGUACCCAAAUGCCAGGAUGUGUGCGCUCAGCUGCAGUGUGGCCCCAAUGCGGAAUGUGUUCCGAAAGGUCAUGUGGCGCACUGUGCAUGCCGCAAUGGCUACGACGGCCAACCCGCUGACCGGCUGGCCGGUUGCAAGCCAUUGCCAAUGCCCUGCCAAAUCACUAGCGAUUGCCCCACCAACACAUACUGCUCAGAUAGCGUCUGUAAACCUGCCUGUUUGCUUGACACCGAGUGUGCUUCAUCGGAAGUGUGUCAGGGCGGUCAAUGCUUCGACCCCUGUCAGCAACCGCAGGCAUGUGGCCAGAAUGCCGAAUGCCUGAUGCUGAGCCAUGUGAAACAGUGCCAUUGCCCGGAGGGCUUUACUGGCGACGCAGCCAAGGAGUGCGUGCGUGUGCCGGUGGCCUGCGAUGGUGACUGUGCGCUUGGUUACACCUGCCGCGACUCCAUGUGCCUGCCCAUCUGUCACAAUGAUCUGGAGUGCGCCUCCAAUGAAAAGUGCCUGCGUGGCAACUGCAUGCUAACCUGCCGUGUCGACAACGACUGCUUCCUGGGCCAUGUGUGUCUGCAUAACAAGUGCGUCUAUGGCUGCCAUGUGGAUGACGAUUGCAGCGCUUCCGAGUCCUGUCGCAACGAUAAGUGCGUUAAUCCCUGCGUUGAGAAUCCUUGCGGACCCAACGCCGUAUGCUCGGUGUCAAAUCAUCGCGCCAGCUGCAGCUGUCUGGACAAUAUGGUGCCCAACCCCACACCCCAGGUGGGUUGUGUGCGAACGCCUCCUCUGGAGUGCCAUGAGAACCGCGACUGUAACAAUGGCCUGGCAUGUUUUGAGUCCGUCUGUCGUCCACUGUGUGCCGACGAUGCCGGCUGCCUGACCAAUGAGCGUUGCCAACAGGGUGUCUGCAAGCCGCUCUGCCGCCAUGAUAACGAGUGUGCCAAUGGAGAGCUGUGUCUGGGUCUUAACUGCGUCACGGGCUGCCGCUCCGACCAAGGCUGCCCCAAUCAUUUGGCCUGCAUUGGCCAGCAAUGCGUAGAUCCCUGCUCGGAGCCCACUGCCUGCGGCACCAAUGCACUUUGCCAGGCCAUCGACCAUCAAAAGCAAUGUAGCUGCCCCGAGGGACUCAGUGGCAAUGCCAACGUGGCAUGCAAGGCACCACGUACUGCCUGUGGUCGCAAUGAGGACUGCGAUUCAAAUCAGCUUUGCUAUGCGGGCAGCUGCCAGGGAAAAUGCCGUAACGAUCAGAACUGCCUCUCGGAUGAACGCUGUAUGCGCGGCACAUGUCGCACCGUGUGUAACACGGAUAGCGCCUGUGCUCAAGGUCAGAUCUGCGAGAAUCGCGUAUGCCAAACGGGAUGCCGCAACGAUCUCAGCUGCGCCAGCGAAGAGGCUUGCGUUAAUAAGAAGUGCCAAAAUCCCUGCCAAGCACCCGGCCAGUGCGGGCAAUGCGCUGAAUGCCUUGUCAUCAAUCACGGCGUCCAGUGCCAGUGUCCAGCUUCAUUUAUUGGCGAUGGCCUAACCGGCUGUCAGCUACCGCCCGAGCGUUGUCAUCCAGGUUGCGAAUGUGACGAAAGCGGGGCCUAUUGCGCCGCAAAAUGCAGCCGCACUGAGGACUGCGACUGUGGACAGCAGUGCGCACGUGGCAAGUGCCGCAACAAGUGCGGCGCGAAGCGUCAGUGUCCACUGGGACAGCUGUGCGAACGCGGUGCCUGCAUUGCCGGCUGCAAAUCGAAUGGAGACUGCGCUGCUGACCAGAGCUGCCUUAAUGGCAAAUGCGUUGAUCCCUGUGCCGAUGACAGAGCCUGUGGUCGCAAUGCGCUGUGCACAGUGUCGGAGCAUCGUAUGCUAUGCUACUGCCCUGACGGGUAUGAGGGCGAACCAAGCAAGGAGUGUGUACAGUUUGAGUGUCGACAGGAUAACGACUGCGAGUCGAGUAAACGCUGCGAUCAGGGCAAGUGUCGCAAUCCCUGCCUCGAGUUUGGAGCCUGUGGCACCAAUGCGCAAUGUCGUGUGGUCAAUCGUAAGGCCCAAUGCUCAUGCCCACCGGACUUCUUUGGCAAUCCCGCCAGCGAAUGUCAGCCACUAGAUGGCGGCUGCUCGAACAAUCCCUGCGGCGUGAAUUCCAAGUGCAUUGAGCUACCCGGAGGCUACGAAUGUGCCUGCAUGGAUGGCUGCAUGGGCGAUGCCCACAAGGGUUGUCUAUGCGAAGGUACUUUGGUUAAUGCUUGUCAUGAACAACCCUGCGGUCUAAAUGCCGCCUGCCGUGUGCUGAGCAACGAUCAGGCCGAAUGUUACUGCCCCGAGGACUUCCCCAACGGCGAUGCCUAUGUGCACUGCCAUUUGACCCCACCGAAAGAGGACUGCCGCACGCGAGGCUGUGAUAUUGGAGACUGUGUGCGCCAAGGCUAUGAUUAUGUUUGCCAGCAGGAAAUCGGUUGCGCCUCCAGCGACGAAUGCCCAACACAACAAGCAUGCGUGAAUGCACUUUGCGUCGAUCCCUGCGCCUAUGAGAAUCCAUGCGGUCGCAGUGAUGAUUGUCGCGUUGUUGCUCAUCAACCAGUUUGUGCCAACGCAACAGGUCGCACUCCUGGCUGUGAGCACUGCCCACCAGGCGCAAAGUGUGAUCCCACAACUGGUGCUUGUAUUAAAGUGGAAUGUACGGACAACUCAAAUUGCGGAAUUACGGAAGCCUGCAUCAAUGAGCGUUGCCAGCACCCUUGCGACGUGCAUGAUCCAUGUGCCCAGAACGCGGUUUGUAUCAAUGCCAAUCAUGCAGCUGAUUGCAGUUGCCUGGACGGCUAUCAGGGCAACGGUUUUGUCGGUUGCCAGCCAGCACGCACCCACGUCUGUCAAUACAACGAGGAUUGUCCACCCAAUAAGCUAUGCGAUCGCCUUAAUCGACGCUGUAUUAAUCCUUGCCAAGAGGAUUCGUGCGGCGAAAACGCCGAGUGUGUUCCGGUUAAUCAUGGCAUCGAUUGUCGCUGCUUGCCCGGAUACCUAGGCAAUGCGUAUGUUCUAUGCCAGCAGUCCCAGGGUUGUCGCUCUAAUUCCGAGUGUGAUGUCAGCCAGGCAUGCAUUAAUGGCAAGUGUAUAUCGCCUUGUCAGUGUGGUGCCUAUGCCCUGUGUGAUGUCAUCAAUCAUCGUGGCGUUUGCAAGUGCCCACCUGGAUACAAUGGUAAUCCAGAGGUGGGUUGCAGUCCACCGCAGAAUCCAUGCGAUCCCAACCCAUGCGGUCUGAAUGCGCAGUGUGAGUUGGACAACGGAAAUCCCAUAUGCUUCUGCCCCAAAGGACUAACGGGUAACCCGUUCAAAAAUUGCAUUCCUGAGGGCGAUGAAUGCACACCGAAUCCUUGUGGUCCCAACUCUGGCUGUCGUCGCGUCAACGGUGCUCCCGUUUGCUUCUGUUUGCCAGAAUAUGAAGGACAACCUCCACUCAUAGCUUGUGAGUUGCCCUCAAAUCCAUGCGACCCCUCGCCGUGCGGGCCCAACACGCAGUGUGCAGUACUGAGCAAUGGAUUCUCCAAAUGCACCUGCCUCCCAGGCUAUGUGGAGAGUCCCAACACCAUACGCGGCUGCGUGGAGCCAAUCAAUCCCUGUGAGCCUAAUCCUUGUGGCACAGGUGCCAUCUGCGACUCAUCGCGCCAGCCUGUCUGCUACUGUCCGGACAACAAGAUUGGAAAUCCGUUCAGAAUUUGCGAGAAGCCAGCGGUCUCUGUUGAGCUGUGUCAGCCCGGUCCAUGUGGUCGCAAUGCUGACUGCUAUGUGGCCGGAAAUCGCGAGGAAUGCUUCUGCCGUUCGGGCUACGUUGGAGAUGCUUACCUGGGCUGUAUGGAACCAAGUCGCACUGUGUGUGAUCCGAAUCCCUGCGGGCCGAAUGCCAACUGCGUUGUUGCUGGUGAUGGUCAAACAGCUUGUGUGUGCCCCGAAGGUUUGUCUGGCGAUCCAACAUCCGUCGCCGGCUGCCAUGGCUACGAAUGUCAAGUGGAUGCCGACUGUCCUCAGAACAAGGCCUGUAUGGGCUUCCGUUGCUACGAUCCGUGCCCUGGUGCCUGCGGUCAAGGGGCCAAUUGCCGCGUGGAACAGCAUCAUCCCGUUUGUUCUUGCAAUGCUGGCUUAACCGGCAAUCCUGGUGUGCGCUGCUUUGCCUUGGAUUUACCAAAGGCCAGCCCCUGUGUGCCUAGUCCAUGUGGUUUGAACAGCGAGUGCAAAUUGCUAAAUAACCGCGCUGUCUGCUCAUGCCUAGCUGGAUAUCUCGGCGAUCCUCAGACCGGCUGUCAGCCGGAAUGCGAUAUUAACUCGGACUGCGGAGAGUUUCAAUCCUGCAUAAAUCACAAGUGCUUAGAUCCUUGUGCUGGCACCAUCUGCGGUAUUAAUGCUAUUUGCAAAGUGCGUCAGCAUACACCUGUUUGCCAUUGUCUUGAUGGCUUCGCUGGAGAUGCCUUCCUGCAGUGUGUACCUGUUGGUAUUUUGAAGAACAUCUCACGUGAUCCUUGUGCACCCUCGCCUUGUGGACCAAAUGAUGUGUGCUCCGUGUUUGGCGAUGGUGUAGCACUAUGUGAUCCCUGCUUUGGACCCAAUGCCCAGCAGAAUCCCCGCUGUAGACCAGAAUGUAUUGCAAACUCAGACUGUCCCUUUGAUCGUGCAUGCUUGGGUCAGCGAUGUUUGGAUCCCUGCCCGGGCUCCUGUGGACGCAACGCUAUUUGCAACGUGUACGAGCAUAACCCAGUAUGUGCUUGCCCUAACGGACUCUAUGGCAAUCCCUACGAACAAUGUGCGCCACCCUCACCAAUUGUACCAACACCUUCGGCUAGUUGUGCUAAGCUGCAGUGUGGUCCCAAUGCCGACUGCAAACGCCAAAGUGGAGGUUUGGCAUGCGUCUGUCGCAAGGGUUACUUUGGGAAUCCCUACUUUGGCUGUCGACCCGAGUGCGUGCUCAACAGUGACUGUUCUGCGGACAAAUCUUGUGUGAACUCCAAGUGUGUGGACGCUUGUGUCGGUGUCUGUGGCGUCAAUGCCGUGUGUCGUGUCGUCAACCAUGCACCAGUUUGUGUGUGCGCCGAUGGUUACAGUGGUGAUGCCUUCGUGGCAUGCAAUCCUUAUUACUUGCCACCGGUGCUACCGCCUACCGAUCGUCGUAAUCCGUGCGAGCCCUCGCCUUGUGGCCCGAACUCGCGUUGCUUGGCUUCAGCUGACGGUUAUGCCGCUUGCUCCUGUCUACCCAAUUUCAAGGGUGCUCCACCAGUUUGCCAGCCAGAGUGCGUGGUCAGCUCAGAGUGUGCGCCCAACCAGGCGUGCAUCAAUCAACGCUGCGCCGAUCCUUGCCCAGGUACUUGCGGCAUUGGUGCGCGGUGUGAAGUUCUGAAUCAUAAUCCGAUUUGCUCGUGUGAGGCACUCUUUGAGGGUGAUCCAUUCGUGUCUUGCUCGCGCGUACCUGAACCGCAACCAGAUGGCAAAUCACCAGCAAAUCCUUGCGUACCAUCGCCGUGCGGUCCCAACUCCAUAUGCCAGAUCAAACAGAACCGACCAGUGUGCUCGUGCGUUGCCAAUUAUAUAGGCAGUCCCCCAUACUGCCGACCCGAGUGCACGCUAAGCAGUGAAUGCCCCACCGAUAAGGCAUGCAUACAGGAAAAAUGUCAGAAUCCAUGCGCUAACACAUGUGGACACAAUGCCCGCUGCACGGUAGUUGCGCACUCAGCUCAUUGCAGCUGCGAUGCAGGAUACGAGGGCGACGCCUUCGUGGGCUGCUCCAAGGUCAUAGAACAGAAACCACACGAUCACAUCAACCCCUGUUAUCCAAAUCCGUGCGCAGAGAAUGCAGUGUGCACACCGCAUAAUGACGCCGCUCGGUGCAGCUGCAUUGAGCCCUACUUUGGGGAUCCAUACAACACCGGCUGUCGACCAGAAUGUAUUUAUAACUCGGAAUGUCCAUCGUCAUUGGCCUGCAUUAAGCAGCACUGUCGAAAUCCUUGCACAGGCGCAUGCGGUCCCAAUGCCGAGUGCGGGGUGAUCAACCAUUUACCCACUUGCAGUUGCACGCGUGGCUUCGAGGGCGACCCCUUCGUAGGCUGCAAACGCACUCCCAUUGGACCCAUCAGCGUGUGUGAGCCCAACCCUUGUGGACCGAAUAGUAUAUGCCGCACAGUUGAGGGUCAUCCAACAUGCAGCUGUCAGGUUGGUUACUUUGGCUCACCACCCACAUGCCGCCCAGAAUGUGUAGUUAGCUCAGAGUGUGCUCAGCAUUUGGCAUGUAUUAAUCAAAAGUGCGCCGAUCCAUGCAGUGGCACAUGCGGCUUCAAUGCCAAAUGUCAAGUGAACAAUCACAAUCCCAUCUGUACUUGCCCAAAUGAAUAUGUAGGAGAUCCAUUCGAACAAUGUGUUCCUAAACCGCCUGAGUCACGACCCGCUGUCAAUCCCUGCCUACCAAAUCCUUGUGGGCCAAAUGCCAUGUGCCGCGAUGUGAACAAUCGUGCAGAGUGCUCUUGCUUGGAGGGCAUGUUCGGUGCACCACCCAACUGCCGACCCGAAUGCGUUAUUAACCAAGACUGCCCCUCGAAUCGCGCCUGCAUACGCCAGCGCUGCGAAGAUCCCUGCAUUGGCACUUGCGGCUUUAAUGCGUUGUGUAAUACACAGCAUCAUCAGCCCAAGUGCAGUUGUCUUGACGGUUACGAAGGCGAUCCGUACACGGGUUGCAACAUGCAUCAAAUUGUGGUGCCCGAUGUACCCACUGAUCCAUGCUAUCCAUCGCCAUGUGGUGCAAAUGCCAUUUGUCGCGAGCGCAACGGUGCUGGCUCAUGCAGAUGCAUUCAAAAUUAUUUUGGUGAUCCAUACAUUAAUUGCCAACCCGAGUGUGUGCAAAACAGCGACUGCCCCGGUAGCAAGGCUUGUAUCAAUAUGAAGUGUCGCGAUCCCUGUGCGAAUGCAUGCGGUUUUAAUGCGGUUUGUCGCGUUACUCAUCAUCAACCCGUUUGCAGUUGUGAGCCAGGUUUCACAGGAAAUCCAUUACGCGCCUGCGUGGAGCGACCCACAAAUAUGUACCUGCCACUGCCCAAAGAUCCAUGCAGACCGUCCCCCUGCGGCCUCUUUAGCACCUGUCAUGUUGUUGGGAGUCGUCCAGUCUGCGCUUGCUUGCCAGAUUAUUUGGGCAAUCCACCCAACUGCAAGCCGGAGUGUUUGACAAGUGCAGAGUGUACCUCAGAUAGGGCCUGCAUUAAUCAGAGAUGCCGCGAUCCCUGCCCCGGCACCUGUGGCUACAAUGCGCGCUGCCGGACAACGAAUCAUUCGCCCAUCUGCAGCUGCUAUGAUGGUUAUACUGGUGAUCCAUUCCAUCAGUGCGUGCCCGAACAAAAGCCAGCACCCAUUCCCGAUCCCAUACAACCGGUUAAUCCCUGCGUGCCUUCGCCCUGCGGCCCUAACUCACAGUGCCAAGUCGCAAGUAGCGGUGCCGUCUGCGCCUGUCUCAACAACUAUAUCGGACGUCCUCCUGCAUGCCGGCCCGAAUGCAGUAUUAAUUCUGAGUGCCCGGCUCGUAUGGCCUGCAUGAAUGCACGCUGCGCCGAUCCAUGUAUUGGCUCCUGUGGCAAUAACGCGAUCUGCCAUGUCAGCUUCCACGCGCCCGUGUGCAUGUGCCAACAAGGCUACACAGGAGAUCCAUUUUCCAGCUGCUACAAAAUCUUAGAAACACCCGUAGAAACCACACAACCCUGUCGACCCAGCCCUUGUGGUCUAAACGCUCUAUGUGAGGAGCGUAAUCAAGCCGCAGCCUGCAAAUGUUUGCCCGAAUACUUUGGCGAUCCUUACGUCGAAUGCCGACCCGAGUGUGUGAUCAACUCGGAUUGCCCCAAAACGCGAGCCUGUGUCAACCAGAAGUGCGUCGAUCCAUGUCCGGGUAUGUGCGGCCAUAGUGCGCUAUGUGCCGUAUUUAAUCACGCGCCCAACUGCGAAUGCCUACCAGGCUAUACAGGAAAUCCCAUAGUGGGCUGUCAUUUAGUACCCGAAUCUCCACGAUAUCCCGAUCCUAUUGUGCCCGAAAAUCCAUGUCAACCCUCACCAUGCGGUUUAUAUAGCAACUGCCGCGCACUCAACGGUCAUGCAGUCUGCUCAUGCAUUCCAAAUUAUGUGGGCGCACCACCUAACUGCCGGCCCGAAUGCAUGAGCAGUUCGGAAUGCAGCCAGGACAAGUCCUGCAUUAACGAGCGCUGCAAAGAUCCUUGCCCUGGCACAUGCGGGAACAAUGCGCUCUGUCGCGUAGUAAAUCACAAUCCCAUUUGCUCCUGCAGCCCCGGCUACAGUGGUGAUCCUUUCGUACGCUGUCUACUCGAAGAAAAACGCCCCAUCAUAAGCAAUCGCGUCGAUCCGUGUGUGCCUUCGCCAUGCGGACCCAACUCGCAGUGUAGGGUGUCGGCGGCUAAUGAGCAGCCCGUCUGCUCAUGCUUGCAACAUUAUGUGGGUAGGGCGCCAAAUUGUCGGCCCGAGUGUACCUCGAACUCCGAGUGUGCUGGGAACUUAGCCUGCAUCAAUCUACGCUGCCAGGACCCCUGCGUGGGCACCUGCGGCAUUCAAACAACCUGCCUUGUAAAUAAUCAUAGACCAAUUUGCCGUUGCCUCGAUGGCUACAUCGGCGAUCCAUUCUCUGAGUGUAGUCCACAAAUUAUUGUACCGCCCGAAAUUGCUGAACCCUGUAAUCCCAGUCCUUGUGGUGUCAAUGCUCUCUGUAAAGAGCGGAACGGCGUCGGCUCCUGCACCUGCCUGCCUGAAUAUAGUGGCGACCCAUACACAGAGUGUCGCCCGGAGUGUGUGCUUAACAGCGACUGUUCCAAAAAUCGAGCCUGCCUUAACAACAAGUGCCGAGAUCCCUGUCCAGGCGUAUGCGGCAUUGCCGCCGAGUGUCACGUCAUCAAUCACUCGCCCAGCUGUAGUUGUCCAUCCGGUUAUACGGGCAAUCCGUCACAGUACUGCCGAGAAAUACCCAAAUUGGCGCCUCCUGUGCAACCAUGUCAACCAUCACCAUGCGGUCCCUAUAGCCAGUGCCGCGAGGUGAAUGGACAUGCAGUCUGCUCGUGCAUUGCUAACUAUAUUGGUGCACCGCCUGCCUGUCGUCCCGAGUGCUCGGUUAGCUCCGAGUGCUCACAAGACAAGGCGUGCAUUAAUCUGCGCUGUGUAGACCCAUGUCCAGGCACUUGCGGUAAUGAAGCCGUUUGUAAGGUGACCAACCACAAUCCUAUUUGCUCCUGCCCAGCUGGCUAUAGUGGCGAUCCGUUUGUGCGUUGCGCACCCUGGCAGCAAGAGCCCGAAGCUCCUAAAUCCAAUGAGAAUCCUUGCGUACCAAGUCCCUGCGGUCCAAACUCGCAAUGUCGCGUGGUUGACGAAACCGGCGUCUGUUCAUGCUUGCCCAACUAUAUUGGACGUGCACCAAAUUGUCGCCCGGAAUGCACACAAAACUCGGAAUGCCCCAGUAAUCUGGCUUGUAUCAACGAGCAUUGCAAGGAUCCAUGUCCCGGCUCGUGCGGCUUUAACGCUUUUUGCAACGUGGUUAAUCACUCACCAGUUUGCACCUGCGAAAGCGGCUACUCGGGCGAUCCAUUUGCUGGGUGCAACCCGCAACCUAUCGCCACGCCUGAAGAACAUUUAACACCCUGCGCACCUACACCUUGCGGUCCGAAUGCGGAGUGUCGAGAGCGCAAUGGGGCUGGCUCCUGUACGUGCCUACCAGAAUAUUUUGGUGAUCCGUACAGUGGCUGCCGUCCGGAGUGCGUAGUGAACAGCGACUGCUCACGUGAAAGAUCUUGCAUCAAUCAGAAAUGCGUGGACCCUUGUCCGGGUGUUUGUGGCUUAAACGCGGAGUGUCGCGUGUCUAAUCACUUGCCCAGCUGCCUCUGCUUAGCUGGUUAUACUGGAAACCCAUCGAGUGCAUGUCGUGAAAUACCAAAACUACCUGAACCACCUGUAAUCAAUGAAAAUCCCUGCGUGCCUUCACCCUGCGGUCCGUACAGUCAAUGUCGCGAAAUAAACAACCAUGCCGUCUGCUCCUGUCAGCCCGGUAUCAUUGGCUCUGCACCCAACUGUAGGCCCGAAUGCAUUGUUAGCUCGGAUUGCGCACAAGAUCUUAACUGUCAAAAUCAGAAGUGCGUCGAUCCCUGCCCCGGCACUUGCGGCAUUGAAGCGCGUUGCCAGGUUAUUAACCACUAUCCUGCAUGUUCCUGUGCACCAGGCUAUACUGGAGAUCCCUUCAAUCGAUGCACUCGCGUUCUAUUGGAACCAACACCCAAAGAAUCUGGUAAUCCCUGUGUGCCCUCACCCUGCGGACCAAACUCCAAAUGCGUCGAUGUGCGCGGUACACCUGCAUGCUCCUGCCUACCCGACUAUCUCGGACGGCCACCCAACUGCCGACCCGAGUGCAUGUCUAGUCCCGAUUGUCCAGCCAACUUGGCCUGCGUUAAUCAGCGCUGUGCUAACCCAUGUAUCGGUGCAUGCGGGAUACACUCACAGUGUACCGUUAUCAAGCAUAAUCCGAACUGCCAAUGCGAGCUUGGUUACACCGGAGAUCCCUUCUCAGGCUGUGCUAUUAUACAACAAAUCACGCCAACGGAAGCUCCUCGUAAUCCAUGUAAUCCGAGCCCAUGUGGUGCCAAUGCUAUCUGUCGUGAACGCACCGGUGCCGGCUCCUGUGCAUGCUUGCCUGAGUACUUUGGUGAUCCGUACAGUGGUUGUCGACCGGAAUGUGUACAAAAUGCCGAUUGCGAUCGAUCACGUGCCUGCAUCAACAACAAAUGCCAGGAUCCCUGCCCCGGUGCCUGUGGCAUCAAUGCUGAAUGUCGCGUAUUAAACCAUGCACCCAAUUGCAUGUGCUUCGAUGGUUACACAGGCGAUCCACAUCGUUCAUGCGCACUUACUGAAGUCGUUACCCGGCGUCCGGAGAAUCCUUGCCAGCCUUCACCAUGUGGACCCAAUAGUCAGUGUCAUGAAACUAACAGCCAUGCGGUGUGCAGCUGCCUGGAAGGUUACAUUGGAGCACCACCCAGCUGUAAACCCGAAUGUGUGGUCAGCUCUGAGUGCGCACAAAAUCGUGCCUGUAUCAAUCAGAAAUGCGCCGAUCCCUGUCGCGGCGCUUGCGGAGAUAAUGCCAAAUGCCAAGUGGUUAACCACAACCCCAUCUGCAGCUGCGUGCCAGGCAUGACCGGUGACCCAAUCUCGGGAUGUGUAACUGAUGUGGGAAAAAGUACCGAGAAUCCAUGUGUACCCUCACCUUGUGGUCCGAACUCAAUUUGCCGUGAGAUUGGACAGCAGGCAGCCUGCUCCUGCCAGGCGAACUAUAUUGGACGUCCGCCCAGCUGUCGACCAGAGUGCACUAACAACGAUGAAUGUCAAAAUCAUCUGUCCUGCCAACAGGAACGUUGCAUUGAUCCUUGUCCCGGCUCAUGCGGCAGCAACGCCGUCUGUCAGGUUGUCCAACACAAUGCGGUUUGCUCCUGCGCCGAUGGCUACGAGGGUGAUCCUCUUUUUGGUUGUCAGCUCAUUGCUCCAGUACUGCCUACUCAACUACCCACAUCACCCUGCGAGCCCUCGCCCUGUGGUCCACACGCAGAGUGCCGAGAACGCAAUGGUGCCGGCGCGUGCUAUUGUCACGAUGGCUUUGAGGGCAAUCCCUACGAUGCUCAGCGAGGAUGCCGUCGCGAAUGCGAAACCAACGAUGACUGUAGUCUAGCACAGGCAUGCGUGCGCUUUAAAUGCAUUGAUCCGUGCGCUAACAUGUGCGGAGAGUAUGCCAUAUGUACCGUAGAUAACCAUGUGCCCACCUGCAAUUGCCCGGCGGGCUAUAGCGGUGAUCCGUUCUUUAGCUGUCGACAAGUACCGGUUACACCUCCGCCGCCAGUAAAUCCCUGCGUGCCAUCGCCAUGCGGUCCGAACAGCAAUUGCCGCAGUAUCAACAACCAAGCGGUGUGCUCUUGCCAAUCAGGCUUUAUCAGCCAACCACCAAACUGCCGACCCGAGUGCGUUGUCAGCGCAGAAUGCGCCUCAGAGCGUGCCUGUGUAAACAAUAAAUGCGUAGACCCCUGCCUCCACACGUGCGGAAUACGUGCCAUCUGCAGCACGAAGAACCACAGCCCUAUUUGCACAUGUCCACGCGGUAUGACUGGUGAUCCCUUCGUGCAAUGUUCCAAAAUACCGAUUACGCACGAUGUGACCACACCUGAACCGCCUGCACCUUCCUGUGUGCCCUCACCUUGCGGCCCAAACUCUAAGUGCCAAGUUGUUGGCGGUAGUCCGGCCUGCUCUUGCCUACCAGACUUUAUUGGCGCUCCACCGCGUUGUCGACCUGAGUGUGUGCUGAACUCGGAAUGUGGAUCCACUGAGGCGUGCAUCAAUCAGAAGUGUCGCGACCCUUGCCCAGGCUCCUGCGGAUUUGAGGCCAAAUGUCAUGUACUUAAUCAUCUACCAAUUUGUAACUGCAUCGACGGCUUCACUGGUGAUCCGUUUGUACGCUGCAGCAAACUGCCAGAAGUAAAGGUUGUACCGCGACCCGAUGAUCCAUGCAGUCCCAACCCCUGUGGACCGAAUGCCGACUGCUUUGGCGGUGAGUGUCGCUGUCAGAAUAAUUAUCAGGGUAAUCCCUACGAGGGUUGUCGCCCCGAAUGCACACUGUCUUCGGAUUGUUCCCGGGAUAAGGCUUGCAUGCGCAACAAAUGCGUGGAUCCCUGCCCAGGAACCUGCGGAAAUAAUGCUGUCUGCGAGGUUAUGAAUCACAUACCCGUCUGCUCAUGCCAACAAGGCUAUGAGGGUGAUCCGUUCACCAACUGCCGUCCAAAAACUAUUGAAACUACGCCGGAGAUCAAAGCCUGCUCGCCCUCACCCUGUGGUGCUAAUAGUCAGUGUCGCGAUGUUAAUGGACAUGCGGUCUGCUCAUGCCUGGAAGGCUUCAUUGGAGCACCACCUCAAUGCCGACCUGAAUGCGUCGUGUCUAGUGAGUGCUCAGCAGUGCAAGCGUGUGUCAACCGGAAGUGCGUGGAUCCCUGCGCUGGAGCAUGUGGCAUUGAAGCACGCUGUGAGGUUAUUAAUCACAGUCCUAUAUGUGGCUGUCCACCAGGCACUACUGGUGAUCCAUUUAAGGGCUGCACUGAAAUACCCACACAAAAGGACGUAGAUCAAGAGCAACCUCCAAGUGAUCCAUGCGUGCCAUCCCCCUGCGGACCCAACUCAAUAUGUAAAGCCGAUGAUAAGGGACCUGUAUGCCAAUGUCUUCCCGAGUAUUUUGGAUCACCACCCAACUGCCGUGUAGAAUGCAUCAUCAAUCCAGAUUGCCCCUCCACACAGGCCUGCAUAAACAACAAGUGUCGCGAUCCCUGUCCAGGCUCCUGUGGCACUAAUUCCGAGUGCCGCGUUAUCGGCCACUCCGUUUCCUGCUCAUGCCCGCCUGGUUAUGCCGGCAAUGCUUUUGUACAGUGCGUGUUGCAGCGUGAGGAGCAGCCGAAACCAUGUGAGCCUUCACCAUGUGGUGCAAAUGCCGAAUGCAUCGAGCGCAAUGGCGCCGCAGCCUGCAAGUGUAUUGACGAGUAUCAGGGCAAUCCCUAUGAUGGCUGUCGACCAGAGUGCGUGCUUAGCUCAGACUGUCCCACGGACAAGGCUUGUAUAAGGAAUAAAUGUCAAGAUCCCUGCCCCGGCAUUUGCGGAUCAAACGCUCAAUGCUAUGCGCUCAACCAUGUGCCAAAUUGCGUUUGCAACGAUGGAUACACUGGCGAUCCGUUCUCCAAUUGUCGACGCGUCGAACCAACAAUACCAGCACCAGUUGGUGACCCGUGCAGCCCUUCGCCAUGCGGCGCUAACAGCAAGUGCCGUUUGUCCAAUGGAUUGGCCGUAUGCUCCUGCUUGGAGACAUUCAUUGGCGCACCGCCCAAUUGUAAACCAGAGUGUACAGUAAAUGCCGAGUGUCCACAGAAUAAGGCGUGCCAUAAGUUCCGCUGCGCCAAUCCGUGCGCCGGCACUUGCGGCAUCAAUGCCAAGUGUGAGGUGAUCAACCAUAAUCCCAUCUGCAGCUGUCCGCAAGACAUGACUGGUGAUCCGUUCGCUCGCUGUUAUCCAGCACCUGAAGUUGCCGAGCCCAAGGACACCCCCAAGGAAAAGAAUCCAUGCCAGCCCUCACCCUGCGGCCUCUAUUCCGAAUGCCGUGCGCGAGGCGACCAGGCAUCCUGCUCCUGUCUGCCAAACUACAUUGGAGCACCUCCCAACUGCCGGCCAGAGUGCAUUGUGAAUACAGAUUGCGCCUCAGAUCGUACCUGCAUUGCAGAAAAGUGCCGCAAUCCAUGUGAGGGCUCCUGCGGUAUCAACUCUGAGUGUCGGAUACAAAAUCAUCUGGCUAUAUGCACGUGCCGCGAUGGCUUUACUGGCGACCCGUUUGUGCAAUGUGUUGAGGUUAUUGAAAAAACAACACAGCCACAAGUACCAUCACAGGAUCCAUGUGACCUGCAGCCAUGCGGUGCCAACGCCGAAUGCCGCAACGGCAUUUGCAGCUGCCUGCCUGAAUACCAGGGUGAUCCAUAUAGCGGCUGUCGUCCAGAAUGCACACUCAGUACCGAUUGCUCACCAAACAAAGCUUGCCUGAACAGAAAAUGCGUUGAUCCAUGCCCCGGCACCUGUGGCCAGAACUCACAAUGUGAUGUCUCAAAUCACAUACCUAUAUGUAGCUGUUUGCAAGGGUACACGGGCGAUCCAUUUGUCCACUGUCGCCAAGAGACUCCUGUGGCCAAGGAUCCAUGCCAACCAAAUCCGUGCGGACCCAAUAGCUUAUGCCAUGUCUCUGCCCAGGGUGCUGUCUGUGCCUGCCAGCCGGGCAUGUUGGGCUCACCACCAGCGUGCAAGCCCGAGUGCAUUGUUAGCUCAGAGUGUUCGCUGCAAACAGCUUGCAUACAGAAGAAGUGCGUUGAUCCCUGUCCUGGAGCUUGCGGCCAGUUUGCGCGCUGCCAAGUGAUUAAUCAUAAUCCGUCUUGCUCUUGCAAUACGGGCUAUACGGGUGAUCCAUUCACUCGCUGCUACCAGGAAGAACGCAAACCCACGCCAGUGAGUCCGAGCAAUCCUUGCGUACCAUCACCAUGUGGACCGAAUUCGGAGUGCAAGGAGUUGAAUGGAAAUCCAGCUUGCUCGUGCGCAGCUACAUUUAUUGGCACUCCGCCAAACUGCCGACCGGAGUGCACCAUCAAUCCAGAAUGUUCACCCACUAAAGCAUGCAUACGGCAGAAGUGUGCCGACCCUUGUGUGGGCGCCUGCGGAUUAAAUGCCCGCUGCAACGUGGCCAAUCAUCAAACCAUUUGCACAUGCGAUGUAGGCUACACUGGAGAUCCUUUCACGGGCUGCCAACCGGAACAAGAACGGAUAGUCAAUGAACAGGUCACACCCUGCGAACCAAAUCCUUGUGGAUCGAACGCCGUCUGUCGUGAGCGCAAUGGAAUUGGCUCUUGUCAGUGCCUUCCCGAUUACUUUGGCGAUCCCUAUCAGUCCUGUCGACCUGAAUGCGUACGUAAUUCCGACUGUCCAUCGAAUAAGGCGUGUCAACAACAGAAGUGUCGCGAUCCCUGCCCUGGCACUUGUGGCACAAAUGCCGACUGCCGGGUAACGAACCACCUUCCUACGUGCACAUGUCGCAGCGGUUACACUGGUGAUCCGUAUCGUUACUGCCAUGUGGAACCAGUUCAACCUAUACGUCUGGCCGAACCCACUCAACCCUGUCGUCCCUCACCAUGUGGUCCCAACUCCCAGUGCCGCGAGCUAAAUGGCCAAGCGGUUUGCUCCUGUCUUGAGCUCUACAUCGGUUUGCCACCGAACUGUCGACCCGAGUGUGUGUUGAGCACUGAGUGCCCCACCGAAAAAGCAUGCGUUAGUCAACGCUGUCAGGAUCCUUGUCCGGGCACAUGCGGCAUCAAUGCCGAAUGCCGCGUUCAUAAUCACAGUCCUCUUUGUCAGUGUCGUCGCGGUUUCACGGGCGAUCCUUUUACACGUUGUUAUACCCUGCCACCACCCACCCCGGCCAUUGACCGCGUUGAACGUGAUCCUUGUGUGCCGACGCCCUGUGGCCUUAAUAGCCAAUGCCGCAAUGUACAAGGCGUUCCAUCCUGCACAUGUCUACUAGAAUACAUUGGCACACCGCCAAACUGUCGACCAGAAUGUACUAUUAGUGCAGAGUGCGCCUCGAACAUGGCGUGUAUACGCGAAAAGUGUAUAGAUCCCUGCCCUGGGUCUUGCGGCUUUGGAGCGGAUUGCAGUGUCAUCAGCCAUACACCGAUAUGUACUUGUCCUUUAGGUUAUACAGGUGAUCCGUUUAGCAGUUGUCGUCUGGCACCACCAGAACCCGUGAUAAACGAAUAUGUUGACCGUUGUCAACCUUCACCGUGUGGUCCAAAUGCCCAGUGUAACGACGGUAUCUGUAAUUGUUUGCCCGAGUUCCAUGGUGAUCCGUAUACCGGUUGCCGUCCGGAAUGUGUGCUUAACUCUGAUUGUCCGCGCGAUAAGGCCUGUCUGCGCAACAAAUGCUCUAAUCCAUGCCCGGGCACUUGCGGCGAGAAUGCCAUUUGCGAUGUCAUUAAUCACAUACCCAUGUGCAGGUGCCCCGAUGGUACAACUGGCAGCGCCUUUAUACGUUGCACGCCCGUUCCGAAAAAUGUUAUCACCACCAAUCCUUGCCAGCCGUCGCCCUGUGGUCCAAACUCUCAGUGCCGCGAAGUCAACCAGCAAGCUGUGUGCUCCUGUUUGCCAAGCUACAUUGGUGCCCCACCCACCUGUAGGCCCGAAUGUACCUCUAAUGCCGAAUGCGCGCCUACCCAAGCGUGUCUCAAUCAGCUUUGUGGAGACCCAUGUCCUGGUACUUGCGGGGUGGGCGCCAACUGUGCUGUUGUCAAUCACAGUCCCUUCUGCACUUGUCCUACCCGCUUCACUGGCAAUCCCUUCAUACGUUGUCAACCCCAAAUUGAACCUGUACGUGACAUUCAGCCAACUGAUCCAUGCCGGCCAUCACCCUGUGGCCCCUACGCUCAAUGUCGUACCAUUGGCGACGCGCCCGCUUGUUCCUGUCUCGAAACCUAUAUAGGACGUCCACCGAACUGCCGACCAGAGUGCGUCACCAGCUCAGACUGCAGCAGUCAACUGGCCUGCAUAAGCCAGAAGUGUGCAGAUCCUUGUCCAGGGCGCUGUGGCUUGAAUGCUGAUUGUCGGGUAGUCAGCCAUGUGGUGCAAUGCAUCUGCCAGCAAGGUUUCACUGGGGAUCCCUUCGUCCAGUGCAGUCCAGCAAUUGAACGCGAUAUCGAAGUGCGUACACCCUGCAGCCCCAGUCCCUGUGGAGCAAAUGCCAUUUGUCGCGAGCGUGACGGAGCUGGAUCUUGCCAAUGUCUGCCGGAAUACUUUGGCAAUCCCUACGAUGGUUGUCGACCCGAGUGUAUGCUAGACUCUGAUUGCGCAUCGAAUCGUGCCUGCCUGCAGCAAAAGUGUCAGGAUCCUUGCCCCGGUACCUGUGGGCAAAACGCCGCCUGUCAGGUUAUUAACCAUCUGCCAUCCUGUAAUUGUCUACCCGGGUACAUAGGGGAUCCCUAUCAACGUUGUACACGUCCUGUCGAACCUAUACGUAACGAAUACACGAAUCCGUGUGAGCCCACGCCGUGCGGUCCUAACUCACAGUGUCGCGUUACAAAUGAGCAGGCCGUCUGCUCGUGUCUGCCCCAGUUCAUUGGCGCCCCACCUGCCUGCCGACCCGAGUGCACAAUCUCAUCGGAAUGUACUGUUGAUAAGGCCUGUCUGAAUCAGAAAUGUGUCAAUCCCUGCGUGGCCAAUACCUGCGGCAGCAAUGCGAUGUGCCGUGUACGCAAUCACAGUCCUAUCUGCACUUGUGUCAGUGGCUUCACAGGCGAUGCCUUUACAAAAUGCUUCCCAAUGCCACCGCCGCCAAUUGAAGUACAACAUGAACCGUUGCGUGAUCCUUGCGUGCCUACACCCUGCGGCCCGCACUCUGAGUGUCGCAACAUUAAUGGAAUUCCAGCAUGUUCCUGCCUAGCAACGUUUAUUGGUCAGGCACCAAAUUGUCAUCCAGAAUGUAUCAUUAAUUCGGAAUGUCCUAGCCAGCAGGCAUGCAUUAAUCAGAAAUGUCGCGAUCCCUGCCCAGGUGCAUGUGGCUUAAAUGCCAUUUGUAGCGUAAUAAACCAUACGCCACUCUGUGCCUGCAGCGAGGGUUACAUUGGUAAUCCAUUCACUACCUGCAAUCUCAAGCCACCAGAACCAACUUUGCCACCUAUAAGGGACGAUCCGUGCAACCCAUCACCGUGUGGUGCUAAUGCCCAAUGCAACGGUGGUAAAUGCACAUGCAUAGCCGAAUACCAAGGUGAUCCAAAUGUCGGCUGUCGCCCGGAAUGUGUUCUCAAUACAGACUGUCCCCAUAAUCGUGCUUGCAUACGAAAUAAGUGCAUUGAUCCCUGCCCUGGUACUUGCGGAAUAAAUGCGAUUUGCGAGGUGAACAAUCAUGUGCCUAUUUGUCGCUGUCCAGAUCAAAUGUCAGGCAAUGCAUUCUUUGAAUGCCGCCCUGUACCAGCACCAGCGCAACAGAAUCCCUGCCAACCUUCACCAUGUGGACCCAACAGCCAGUGCCGUGUGGUGCAACAGACCGCUGUCUGCUCUUGCCUGGUCGACUAUGUCGGCAGUCCGCCACAAUGUCGACCAGAAUGUGUUACCAACUCGGAUUGCGCGGCCAAUCAAGCUUGUCAAAAUAUGAAGUGUCGUGAUCCCUGUCCCGGCACCUGCGGCUUUAAUGCUCUAUGCAAUGUGGUAAAUCACAGCCCCUUCUGCAGUUGCCCCACGGGUAUGUCGGGCAAUCCUUUUGUGCGAUGUGAACAGAUUAUAGUUCCGCAACGUGAUGUUACGCCACAAAAUCCGUGUCAACCGUCACCCUGUGGCCCCAACUCUGAAUGCCGUGUCUCAGGUGAUUCCCCAUCUUGCUCUUGCCUGCCCGAAUUUUCGGGUGCUCCACCAAAUUGCCGACCAGAAUGCAUAUCCAACUCGGAGUGCGCCACCAACCAAGCCUGCGUCAAUCAGAAAUGCGUAGACCCUUGCCCAGGACUUUGUGGUCUUAACGCGAAUUGUCGUGUUUUCAGCCAUACGGCCAUGUGCCUGUGUGAUAGAGGGUUCACAGGUGAUCCAUUUGCCCAGUGCAAUGCCAUUAUUGAAGCAACAGUCGAGCAGAUACAGCCCUGCAAUCCGAGUCCUUGCGGCGUCAAUGCAAAGUGUGAGGAACGUGGCGGUGCUGGCUCUUGUCAGUGUCUACCUGAAUACUUUGGCAAUCCCUACGAGGGCUGCCGACCAGAGUGUGUGCUCAACUCAGACUGUCCAUCAAAUAGAGUUUGUCAGCAACAAAAGUGCCGUGAUCCCUGCCCAGGCACAUGUGGCCAGAAUGCCGAGUGCCAAGUUAUUAACCACUUGGCCACUUGCAAUUGUCUAAACGGGUACACUGGCGAUCCCUAUAGUUCCUGCCGCAUUGUAGAAAACGAACCACCCGAACUUGUCUAUGUGAAUCCCUGUCAACCAUCACCCUGCGGUCCCAAUUCGCGUUGCCGCGAAGUCAACACGCAAGCGGUCUGCUCCUGUCUAACGGAAUUUGUUGGCAGCCCACCCGCCUGUCGGCCUGAAUGCACUAGUAGCUCCGAAUGCGCAGCUGAUAAGGCUUGUGUUAAUCGCAAAUGCGUUGACCCGUGCCCUAAUGUCUGUGGCCAACAGGCUGAGUGCCGUGUUCGAAACCACAGUCCCAUCUGCACCUGCCUAAAUGGAUUUACAGGCGACGCCUUUACUCGUUGCUAUAGAAUGCCGCCUCCAUCUGUUGUGGCAAUUGAACGUGAGCCUCUUGAUCCUUGUGUCCCCUCGCCUUGUGGUGCCAACUCCCAAUGUCGUGACAUUUAUGGAACACCAUUGUGUUCCUGCCUGCCCAAUUAUCUGGGCACGCCACCUAACUGCCGACCCGAGUGUUCCAUCAAUGCUGAAUGUCCGAGUCAUCAGGCAUGCAUCAAUCAAAAGUGUCGCGAUCCUUGCCCCGGCUCCUGCGGGCUUAACACACAGUGCAAUGUAAUCAACCACACUCCAAUUUGUAGUUGUUUAGUGGGUUAUACCGGUGAUCCAUUUAUUGUUUGCAAUCCAGAGCCGCCUCAAAAAAUUGAAGUCCCGCCUGCACCUCAAGACCCAUGCAAUCCCUCGCCAUGUGGUGCUAAUGCCCAGUGUCAUAACGGUCAAUGCACCUGCAUAUCUGAAUACCACGGAGAUCCUUUUGUCAGCUGUCGUCCGGAAUGUGUUCUCCACGCGGAUUGUGCCCGCAAUCUCGCUUGUGUGCGUCAUACGUGUGUUGAUCCUUGUCCCGGCACUUGUGCGUCUACUGCCAUUUGCGAAGUGCUCAACCACAUACCCAACUGCCGCUGUCCCGAUGGCAUGGAAGGCAAUGCUUUUGUAGCGUGCAACCCCGUGAAACAACUCGACGUCGUGCACAACCCAUGUCAGCCAUCACCUUGUGGACCAAAUUCUCAGUGUCGAGUGAUAAAUCAACAAGCCAUCUGCUCUUGCAUUACGUCUUUCAUCGGCAGUCCACCAUUCUGUCGACCCGAAUGCACAUCAAACUCAGAAUGCCCCUUAAAUUUGGCGUGUCUCAAUCAAAAGUGCAGUGAUCCAUGUCCUGGUGUUUGCGGCCGCAAUGCCCAAUGCCAUGUGACGAACCACAGUCCAUUCUGUCGUUGCCUGGAUCACUAUACUGGCAAUCCGUUUGUUAGCUGUCAACCGAUUAUCGAGCCCCCAGCGCCGCCACCGCGACAUGCCUGCCAACCUUCACCCUGUGGACCUUACGCCGAAUGCCGCGAGAUAAACGAGACACCCUCAUGUACCUGCUUGCCCGACUACAGCGGCACACCGCCCAACUGCCGUCCAGAGUGUGUGACUAGUUCGGAGUGUCCAACACAUCAGGCUUGCAUAAAGCAGAAGUGUCGGGAUCCAUGUCCUGGCCUGUGUGGGCAAGCGGCUGUGUGCCGCGUGCUAUCACAUACUCCGAGUUGCUUUUGUCCUGACAAUCUGGACGGUGAUCCCUUCGUGCAGUGUGUGGAGAAAAAAAUUCACCAGUUGGAUCAGUUGGACCCAUGCAACCCUAGUCCUUGUGGAAUAAAUGCUCGUUGCACAUCACGACAAGAUGCUGGCUCAUGUCAGUGUCUUGAGGGAUUUUUCGGCAAUCCUUACGAAGGAUGCCGACCUGAAUGUGUGCUCGACUCCGAUUGUCCGUCGAACCUUGCCUGCCAACAACAGAAGUGUCAAGAUCCCUGCCCCGGUACCUGUGGCCCCAGUGCAGUGUGCAAUGUGCUCAAUCAUGUGCCCAGCUGCAGCUGUUUAACUGGCUACAGUGGUGACCCAUAUCGCCUGUGUCAACAGGAUCCCAUCAAGCAGUAUGUGAAUCCCUGCCAGCCCUCACCCUGCGGUCCCAACUCCCAGUGCCGGGAGAGCAAUGAGCAGGCUGUUUGCUCUUGCCUGCCCGAGUAUGUGGGUGCACCGCCAGCCUGCCGACCCGAAUGCACCAUAUCAUCGGAGUGUGCGGUGGACAAGGCGUGUGUAGCAAAGAAGUGUGUAGAUCCCUGUCCAGGUUCUUGUGGCGAGAAUGCCCUAUGCCGUGUGGUCAACCAUAGUCCUAUUUGUUCGUGUCGCAAUGGUUAUACUGGCGAUGCCUUCUAUCGCUGUUUACCUAUACCUCCCGCGCCGCCUACUGCAGUUGUGCAACAGCAACCGAUUGAUCCUUGUGUACCUUCACCUUGCGGUCCGUACUCCGAGUGUCGUCCACAUGGCGAGGCCCCAUCGUGCUCUUGUUUGAAUGGUUAUCUGGGCGUGCCACCCAACUGCCGUCCCGAGUGUCGUAUUAACUCAGACUGUCCCAGCAGUCAGGCCUGCAUAAAUGAAAAAUGUCGGGAUCCCUGCCCUGGUUCCUGCGGCUUUGGUGCCAUUUGCAGUGUCAUCAAUCACACACCCAGCUGCACAUGCCCAGCAGGUUAUACCGGCGAUCCAUUCAGCCAUUGUCAGCCGGAACCACCACCAAAACCUGUGGAAGCCGACGAUCCUUGCAAUCCCUCACCGUGUGGUCCCAAUGCCAUAUGUAAUGCUGGCACCUGUACCUGUCUGCCUGAGUAUCAAGGUGAUCCCUACAGCGGUUGUCGUCCCGAAUGCCUGACUAGCUUGGACUGUCCGCGAGAUCGCGCUUGCGCUCGGCACAAGUGUUUCGAUCCCUGCCCAGGCACAUGUGCAACCAACGCCUUGUGUACUGUGAUUAAUCACAUACCGAUGUGUACAUGCCCCGAAGGCUAUGCUGGCAACGCAUUCCUUCAGUGUCACCCUAUACCACCAGCUGCCGCCGUACAGCCCUGCCAGCCUUCGCCAUGCGGACCGAAUUCGCAAUGUCGAGAGGCCAAUAAACAGGCAGUCUGUUCCUGUGUGCCGGGAUAUGUAGGCACACCACCAUUAUGUCGACCUGAGUGCACCAGCAACUCGGAGUGUUCCGCUCAGCUUGCCUGUGUGAAUCAAAAGUGUGUCGAUCCCUGCCCCGGCGCCUGUGGUCGCAGUGCGAAGUGUAGUGUAGUCAAUCACAAUCCGUUCUGCACCUGCUUGCCACACUAUACAGGUAAUCCAUUUUUGGGCUGCCAGGUAAUUAUCGAGCCACCACAGCGUGACACUGUGCCCGAAGAUCCUUGUCGUCCAUCACCUUGUGGAGCCAACGCUGAGUGCCGCGCCAUUGGGGAGACACCAUCUUGUUCGUGUCUUGCAGACUUUGUGGGGUCGCCACCUUACUGCAAGCCGGAAUGUGUCGUGAAUUCCGAGUGUCCUAGUAAUCGGGCGUGUAUUAAUCAAAAGUGUCGCGAUCCUUGUCCCGGCCUUUGUGGCGCAAACGCUAUUUGUCGCGUUGUCUCACAUACAGCUAUGUGUGUUUGUGACGCUGGACUGACGGGCGAUCCUUUUACACAGUGCCAGCCAAUUGAAAAGGAUGUGGAGAUUAUUAAUCCUUGCCAACCAUCGCCAUGCGGUGCAAAUGCCGAGUGCAUACAGCGCAAUGGUGCCGGAGCAUGUCAAUGCCUGCCCGAUUACUUCGGUAACCCCUAUGAGGGUUGCCGACCGGAGUGUAUUCUUAAUUCGGACUGCCCAUCGAAUCUUGCCUGUCAGCAGCAAAAGUGUCGCGAUCCCUGUCCAGGUAGCUGUGGACAGAAUGCCGAAUGCAAUGUCGUCAAUCAUACGCCGAUGUGUUCCUGCGUCGCGGGAUAUGUUGGAGAUCCAUAUCGCUACUGUAACCAGCCUGCAGCACCACUUGUUCACGAGUAUGUUAAUCCAUGUCUGCCCUCGCCUUGUGGCUCGAAUGCCCAAUGUCGAGAGGUGCUGGGUCAAGCGGUCUGCUCCUGUCUUUCCGAAUUUAAGGGAGCGCCACCCAAUUGUCGACCCGAGUGUACCUCGAACGCUGAGUGCCCAGCCAACAGGGCAUGUAUUAAUCGCAAGUGCGUCGAUCCAUGCCCGGGUGUUUGCGGCCAUCAAGCGACUUGUCAGGUGCACAAUCACAGUCCCGUUUGCAUAUGUCCUGCAGGCCUGAUGGGCGAUCCUUUCGUACGCUGCCUACCCCGACCAACACCUCCACCACCGCCGCUUCGAGAUGUGGCGCCCUAUAGGGAUCCCUGCGAAUCCUCACCUUGUGGCCUGUACGCUACAUGUCGUAGUCAUCAUGAACAAGCGAUUUGUUCCUGCCAGACCAAUUAUUUAGGCACACCGCCGCAUUGUCGACCUGAGUGUACCAUCAAUGCUGAUUGCGCCAGUCACAUGGCUUGCAUUGGUGAACGGUGUCUUGAUCCCUGCCCUGGAGCCUGCGGUCAGUACACUGAGUGUCGUGUGAUCAAUCAUACGCCUAGCUGUGUUUGCCUGCACGGCUACGUUGGGGAUGCCUUUGUGGCUUGCCAGCCUGCACCACCGCCGCGAGCCUAUGAAGAACCCAGAGAUCCUUGCAAUCCCAGUCCCUGUGGGAGCAAUGCAGUCUGCUCGGGAGAAGGCCAGUGCAUGUGCAUUGCCGAAUAUCAGGGCGACCCUUACAUCGCUUGUCGUCCAGAAUGCGUCCUCAACUCUGAAUGCCCUCGCAAUCACGCUUGUGUACAGCAAAAAUGUGUUGAUCCCUGCCCAGGCACAUGUGGCGUCGGGGCCACUUGCGAGGUUUUCAAUCACAUUGCAAUGUGCCACUGUCCGGGGGGCAUGGCUGGCAAUGCAUUUAUUCAAUGCAGUCCCCUACAAAUGACCGUCUAUCAGAAUCCCUGCCAACCAUCGCCCUGUGGUGCAAACGCUGAAUGCCGCGAAAGGCAAGGUCAGGCCAUCUGCAGCUGUCUACAAAAUUAUUAUGGCGUACCACCAUCUUGUCGACCCGAGUGCACCACCAAUUAUGACUGUGCUCCCAGUCGUGCUUGCCAGAAUCAACAUUGCGUUGAUCCCUGUCCAGGCGCAUGUGGGGCCUACGCCGAAUGCAGGGUGGUCAGUCACAGUCCCUUCUGUAGCUGUCAGCCUGGCUAUACGGGUAAUCCGUUUGUGCAGUGCCAUAUAAUUAUCGAACCACUGCGGGAUAUUGUGACCCGGGAUCCAUGCCAACCGUCCCCUUGUGGUCCUAACAGUGAGUGCCAACGUAAUGGGGAUAUACCAUCCUGUUCGUGUCUUGAGAGCUUCUUUGGAACUCCACCAAACUGCCGACCCGAGUGCUUGUCUAACUCUGAUUGUGCUUCAUCCCGGAUUUGCAGAAACAAUCGUUGCACGGAUCCUUGUCCAGGCCUUUGCGGCAUCGGUGCUGUAUGCCAUGUGCUUAGUCACAGCGCGAUGUGCUACUGUCAACAAGGCUAUAGCGGUGAUCCUUUCGUUCUCUGCUUACCAAUUCAGCAUGAGCCACCUGAGAUGAUACAGCCUUGCAAUCCCAAUCCCUGCGGCACUUUUGCCGAGUGUCAUCAACGAAAUGGCAUUGGCUCUUGCCAAUGUCUACGCGAGUACUAUGGCAAUCCCUAUGAAGGCUGCCGUCCCGAAUGUGUGCUUGAUUCAGACUGCCCAUCUAAUAGAGCCUGUGUUAAUCAGAAGUGCCGCGAUCCUUGCCCUGGCAGCUGUGGCCACAAUGCCGAGUGUUAUGUGAGAAAUCAUUUGCCAACUUGCAAUUGCCUUAGCAACUAUGUGGGUGACCCCUAUCGCUACUGCAGCCUUGAAGAGAAACCCAUUCGCGAGUAUGUUAAUCCCUGCCAUCCCUCACCCUGCGGUCCCAAUAGUCAGUGCAAAGAGGUUAAUGAACAGGCUGUUUGCUCAUGUUUGCCCGAGUACGUAGGCACUCCUCCUGGUUGUCGUCCUGAGUGUACGCUGUCAUCAGAAUGUAACUUCGACAUGGCCUGCGUACAGCACAAAUGCGCUGAUCCUUGUCCUGGCGCUUGCGGCAGCAAUGCGCUAUGUCAUGCCACAAAUCAUGCUCCGCUGUGCGCCUGCCAGUCAGGAUAUACCGGAGAUCCGUUCACGCGAUGCUAUCCCGUACCUCCACCGCCCACCCAGAUGCUACAUGAACCUGUGCGUGAUCCCUGUCAGCCGUCUCCAUGUGGAGCUAAUGCUCAAUGUCGCCAGGUAAAUGGUCAGGCCAUAUGUAGCUGCCUGUCUGGGUAUUUUGGGGUACCGCCGAGUUGCCGACCCGAAUGCACACAGAGUGCCGAAUGUCUACCCAGUCUGGCAUGCAUAAACCAGCGCUGCGUUGAUCCGUGCUCUGGUUCCUGUGCCUACAAUGCGAUCUGCACGGUGCGCAACCACGUGCCCAGCUGUCAAUGUCCCGUCAGUUAUGUAGGGGAUCCAUUUACAUUCUGCCAACCUGAACCACCCAAGCCCAUUGUAACCGACGAUCCCUGCAAUCCCUCACCCUGUGGAUUUAAUGCCCAGUGUAAAAAUGGUAUUUGCACGUGUAUUGCCGAAUACCAAGGUGACCCCUAUGUGGGUUGCCGUCCAGAAUGCGUGCUUAACGCCGACUGCCCUCGUGAUCGUGCAUGUGUCCGCAACAAGUGCAUCAAUCCCUGUCCAGGAACCUGUGCCUCCAACGCCAUAUGUGAUGUACUUAACCAUAUUGCCAUGUGCCGUUGUCCAACACCCAUGAUAGGCAAUGCGUUCAUUCAAUGUGAAACACCGCCAAAGCAAUUCCUGCCACCGUCAAAUCCUUGUGCACCUUCACCAUGUGGUCCUAACAGUCGUUGUCGUGAGCUCAAUGGUAACGCCGUUUGCUCCUGCAUUGAAGAUUAUGUGGGCAGCCCACCUAGCUGUCGUCCAGAAUGUACACGCAACUCGGAUUGCUUGCCUAGUCUAGCAUGCCAGCAGCAAAAGUGCAUCGAUCCCUGCCCAGGCACUUGUGGAUACAAUGCACUCUGCCAUGUGGUAGACCAUGCACCCAUAUGUAGUUGUCCACCACGACACAUUGGCAAUCCCUUCCUUGGCUGUUUACCAACACCACCGCAGAGAGAUAUCAUUCCUGUAAAGCACGCUUGUCAACCCUCGCCAUGUGGAUCCUACGCGGAAUGUCGGGCUGUGGGAGACCAAGCUCAAUGCAGCUGUCUAACCACUUACAUUGGAGCCCCGCCUAACUGUCGACCGGAAUGCGUCACUAACUCGGAGUGCACGUUCGAUAAAGCGUGUGUUAAUCAAAAAUGUGUGGAUCCCUGCGCGGGCGCUUGUGCCGUCAAUGCCGUUUGUCAUGUACUUAGCCAUGUUGCCAUGUGCUAUUGUGCUCCUGGUUAUACAGGCGAUCCUUUCACCAACUGCCAGCAAGCCCCUAUAACUCAAAAACAGGAAAGCACGCAGCCCUGUUACCCAAAUCCCUGUGGUGCCAAUGCGCAAUGUCGUCAGGAGGGCAAUGCAGGCACCUGUCAAUGCCUACCCGACUACCAUGGCAAUCCAUAUGAAGCUUGUCGACCUGAGUGUGUCUCCAAUAGCGACUGUCCGUCGGACAAAUCAUGUCAGCAGUUGAAAUGUCGCGAUCCUUGCCCGGGCGUGUGCGGUCUAAAUGCUGCUUGUCGCGUUCUUAACCACCUACCUACAUGCCAUUGCCUAAACUCAUUCGUUGGUGAUCCCUAUCGAUACUGUCAGCUCCCCGAGAAACCCAUUGUGAGAGAGUAUGCAAAUCCCUGUCAGCCAUCACCCUGUGGCCCAAACUCCCAGUGCCUCGAGAAGAACGACCAAGCUGUCUGCUCAUGUUUGCCGGAGUAUGUGGGCACACCGCCCAACUGCCGACCUGAAUGUGUGACCAGUGGCGAGUGUGUUUUAGAUAAGGCCUGCAUUAAUCAAAAGUGUCGGGAUCCAUGUCCUGGCGUCUGUGGUACCAAUGCCGACUGUCGUGUCUACCACCAUGCGCCUAUUUGCAGCUGCCGUCCAAACUUCCAAGGGGAUGCUUUCACGCGCUGCUACCCUGCACCACCCCCAUCCAUUGUCCAGUUGAAUAGAUAUACGAAUCCUUGUGUUCCAUCGCCAUGUGGUCAAUAUGCUGAGUGUCACGAUACUCAAGGCACUGCUAUUUGCAGUUGUUUACCAAACUAUUUUGGCAGCCCACCUAACUGUCGACCCGAGUGUAGUAUCAAUGCUGACUGCCCCGCUCAUCUGACCUGUCAAAACCAGCGCUGCCGUGAUCCUUGUACAGGCGCCUGCGGCUUCAAUGCUCAGUGCCUGGUCAUAAAUCAUAUCCCCGUUUGUCAGUGUUUACCGGGAUUGACUGGCAAUCCGUUUGUGUCGUGUCAAGCCCCACCAACAGCACCCCGACCAUCUUUGAUGAAUGACGAUCCAUGCCUACAUGUAAGGUGUGGUCCCAAUAGUGUUUGCAGCCAGGGACAGUGCAGCUGUCUACCCGAAUUCCAUGGAAACCCAUCGGUUGGCUGUCGUCCGGAAUGCAUAUUGAGCACGGAGUGUGCCCAGAAUCUCGCCUGCGUGCGCCAAAAAUGCAUUGAUCCCUGCCCGGGCACAUGCGGCUCGAACGCAAUAUGUGAGGUUCACAACCAUGUGGCCUUGUGCCACUGCCCAGCUGAAAUGACGGGCAAUGCUUUUGUGCAAUGCUUGCCAUUGCCUCCGCCGCCUCCACGUGUUGUUUCCGAUCCCUGUCAACUAUCACCUUGCGGACCCAAUGCACAGUGUCGAAAUAUUAAUGGACAAGCUGUCUGCUCCUGCCUGCCACAAUUUGUGGGUGUGCCACCAUCAUGUCGUCCGGAAUGUAUUAGCAAUGAAGAGUGUCCACUGCACUUGGCUUGUCUGCAGCAGCGUUGCAGCGAUCCUUGUGCGGGUGCCUGCGGUCAGAACGCUGAAUGCCGAGUUCUUAAUCACAGCCCGAACUGUCGUUGCAUCAGCUCCUACACUGGGAAUCCCUUCAUAGUAUGCCAUCCACAGCCGCCGCCGCCUCUUACACACGAUGUGGUUGAUCCCUGCAAGCCCUCGCCUUGUGGACCGAAUUCCGAAUGCCGCAACGUUGGAAACAAUGCUCAAUGCAACUGCCUUGUUGGUUUCAUGGGAAUACCGCCCAACUGUCGGCCUGAAUGCGCUAGCAGCGCUGACUGCCCUACAAAUCUGGCAUGCUUUAACCAAAAAUGCCGUGAUCCUUGUCCGGGCGUGUGUGGUAACAAUGCCGAAUGCUACGUCAUCAAUCAUACGCCCAUGUGCGUCUGCUUAAAAGGCUACACUGGCAAUCCCUUCAUUAAUUGCGAUGUACAGCGUGAUAUUAUUGAAUCACCUUCGCCCUGUGUACCAAGUCCUUGUGGCUCAAAUGCGAUCUGUAGCGAAUUGAAUGGCGCUGGCGCCUGUGAGUGCUUGCCUGAAUUCUUUGGCAAUCCCUAUGACGGCUGCCGACCAGAAUGUAUUUUGAAUUCGGAUUGCCCAAGCAAUUUGGCCUGUGUCAAUCAGCACUGCCGCGAUCCAUGCGCGGGUAUCUGCGGUCCCAAUGCCAUAUGCCAUGUGCGCCAUCAUCUGCCGCAUUGCAAUUGCCUCAAUGGCUAUGAGGGCAAUCCCUAUAGCUACUGCAAUGUCAUACCUGAACCCCUGCAUGAACCUGCUCCGCUGCAUCCCUGCCAGCCCUCACCCUGUGGAUCUAACUCCCAAUGCCAUGAAGCAAAUCAGCAGGCGGUUUGCAGUUGCCUGCCAGACUUUAUAGGCACUCCACCAGCUUGUCGACCCGAAUGUACCAUCUCCAGCGAGUGCUCCCUUGACAAAGCCUGCAAAAAUCACCACUGUGUUGAUCCCUGUCCAGGAGUCUGUGACCGCAAUGCCGCGUGUCAUACGAUUUACCAUAGUCCCCACUGCAGCUGUUUGCCAGGUUUUACGGGUGAUGCUUUCAGUGGCUGUCGAACAAUAACACACGCCAUUAGCUACGACUAUCCAAAGGAUACAAACCAUGAUCCUUGUGUGCCGUCACCCUGCGGCACUUUUGGACAGUGUCAUGCUCAAAGCCGUCAAGCCGUGUGUCGCUGUCUGUCCGGUUACUAUGGUGCUCCGCCUAACUGUCAACCGGAGUGUUUAAUAAACUCCGAUUGCGCUUCUCACUUGGCCUGCAUAGGUGAAAAGUGUCGCGAUCCCUGUCCUGGCUCCUGUGGUAUUUCAGCACGAUGUAACGCCAUCAAUCAUACGCCCAUUUGCAGCUGUCCCGUAGGCUAUGAAGGAAAUCCUUUCGUUAGCUGCGCACCAAUACCACCAUCACAUGACCCACCGCCACGCGAUGCUUGCAAUCCCUCGCCAUGCGGCUCAAAUGCUAUUUGCAACAAUGGGCAAUGCACUUGUAUUGCUGAGUUCCAUGGCAAUCCCUACAUUGGCUGCCGACCCGAAUGUGUGCUUAACACGGAUUGCGCACGUGACAAGGCUUGCCAGCGCAGUAAAUGUGUAGAUCCCUGUCCGGGCGCCUGUGGCGUAGGCGCUAUUUGCGAGGUGCGCAACCAUGUGCCCAUGUGCCACUGUCCCCCGGGCACAUCCGGCAAUGCAUUUGUACAGUGUGCUUUAGUACAACCUGAUCCAAUCGUGCCCGUUAACCCAUGCCGUCCAACACCCUGUGGAAGCAAUGCACAGUGCCUUGUGGCAAAUGACCAGGCAGUGUGUUCCUGCCUGGCCGGCUUUUUUGGCACACCACCGCUAUGUCGACCAGAAUGCAGCAUCAACUCGGACUGUGCGCCUCAUUUGGCCUGCCAGAAUCAGCACUGCCGCGAUCCCUGCCCUGGUGCCUGUGGCCAACACUCGCUCUGUCAGGUUAUACGUCAUACGCCCCAUUGCAGCUGCCCGCCAGGCUACACGGGAAAUGCAUAUGCGUUGUGCCAACGUCUACCACCGCCCCAAAUUUUGCAACGUGAUCCAGUCAAUCCCUGCCAGCCCUCACCGUGCGGUGCCAAUGCACAGUGCACUUCCACACCAGAUGGCAACCAAGCGCAGUGCAAGUGCCUGGAACAUUACAUUGGAACCCCGCCAAAUUGCCGGCCUGAAUGUAUUACUUCAUCGGAAUGCUCCAACCAAUUGGCCUGUAUUGGACAAAAGUGUCGCGAUCCUUGUCCUGGUGUGUGCGGCCAGGCCGCCAUCUGCCAGGUGAUCAGUCAUGUGCCAUCCUGCGUUUGCAUAGCUGAUUAUAUUGGAGAUCCAUUUACCAAGUGUUAUCCGCGCCCGACACUCGAGCGGGAUCAAAUUAAUCCAUGUGCACCUAGUCCCUGCGGCAGCAAUGCCGUCUGCAGGCAACAGGGUAGAGUUGGUUCCUGCCAGUGCUUGCCCAACUACUAUGGCAAUCCUUAUGAAGGCUGCCGACCCGAAUGUGUCCUUAACUCCGACUGCUCGAGCCAUUUGGCGUGCCUUAAUCAACAUUGCCGUGAUCCCUGUCCUGGCAGCUGUGCACCCAACGCCCAAUGCCAAGUCGUCAACCAUGUUCCCAUAUGCAGCUGCUAUCCCGGCCACAUUGGUGAUCCCUAUCGCCAUUGCCGGCUGCACCAGUCAGAACCCACGCCCCCUGUUUAUGUAAAUCCCUGUGAGCCAUCACCGUGCGGCGCCAAUUCACAGUGUCGAGAAUCGCAGGGUCAGGCAAUUUGCAGCUGCCUGCCACAGUUUAUAGGUACUCCGCCCGCCUGUCGUCCCGAGUGUGUUAUCAGUGCCGAGUGUAGCGCGGAUAAGGCCUGCAUAAAUCAGAAGUGUCAAGAUCCCUGCCCAGGCACAUGUGGUGUCAAUGCCCAAUGUCAUGUGCGCAACCAUAGUCCGCUAUGCUCCUGCCAAUCUGGUUACACCGGCGACGCCUUUAUCCGCUGCUUGCCGCUACCACCCAAACAGGCAGAGCCACCUACGCAGCCAGCCAUGCCAUGUGUGCCGUCACCAUGUGGACCCAAUUCCCAGUGUCGUGAAGUAAAUGGCGGCGCCAGUUGCAGUUGCUUGCCAAACUUUGUUGGUGCAGCACCCAACUGCCGGCCUGAGUGCACCAUUAAUGCAGAGUGCGGCAGCAAUUUGGCGUGUAUCAAUGAGAAAUGUCGUGAUCCUUGUCCAGGUGCCUGCGGCUUUGCAGCACAAUGUAAUGUAAUCAACCAUACGCCUAGUUGCUCUUGCCCCGCUAGCUACACAGGCGAUCCAUUCAGCAGCUGUCGGCUGUUGCCGCCCACACCGCCACCAACACCACCGACGCCCGCCGAGCCCUGCAAUCCCUCACCGUGUGGAAGCAAUGCGCAGUGCCGCAGUGGCCAAUGCUCAUGCCUGCCGGAAUAUCAGGGCGAUCCCUACAUUGGAUGUCGUCCGGAAUGCGUGCUAAACUCCGAGUGUCCAAGAAAUCGCGCUUGUGUACGCAACAAAUGCAUUGAUCCCUGUCCCGGAACUUGUGCCCAGAACGCUCUUUGCGAUGCGAUCAAUCACAUUGCCAUGUGUCGCUGUCCUGAGCGCAUGACGGGCAACGCAUUUGUUGCCUGCACACCUGUGCGCGACGAGCCCCCAAUUAAUCCAUGUCAACCAUCGCCAUGUGGAACCAAUGCACAGUGUAUUGAGCGCAAUGGAAAUGCGAUUUGUUCCUGCAUCACUGGAUAUUUGGGUCAGCCGCCCAAUUGCCGUUUAGAGUGCUACACCAGCUCGGACUGUUCCCAACAACACGCGUGCAUCAAUAACAAGUGUGUGGAUCCCUGCCCUGGACAAUGCGGCCUCAACGCUGUUUGUCAGGCUGUGCAGCAUCGUGCCCACUGCGAGUGCAUCGCUGGCUACACUGGCAACGCCUACAGCCUGUGCAAUCCCAUCGUUGUGGAGCGCAAACCGGAAACAGCCCACGAUCCAUGCUACCCUUCGCCAUGUGGAUCAAAUGCGCAGUGCAACAACGAUAAUGGUCAAGCGCGUUGUAGUUGCCUGGUUGAAUUCCAAGGGAAGCCGCCCAACUGCCGGCCUGAGUGUUCCUACAAUGAUGAGUGCGCAAAUAAUUUAGCCUGUAUCGGUCAGAAGUGUCGCGAUCCAUGCCCCGGUAGCUGUGGCCAAAAUGCCCAGUGCCUAGUUACCCUGCACACACCCAACUGUCAUUGUCCAGCGGGCAUGACGGGUGAUCCGUUCCGACUCUGCCAGCAAGUACCCCAAACUUUGCCAACACCAUUGCCUACACCAAAGAAUCCCUGCAAUCCAUCACCAUGUGGCAGUAACACCGAGUGCCGUUUGCGUGGCGAAAGCUUUGUCUGCGAGUGCAUUCAGGAGUAUAUUGGCAAUCCUUAUGAAGGCUGCCGUCCCGAAUGCGUUGGCAACUCUGAGUGCCCAGCCAAUCGCGCCUGCAUACGCAACAAGUGCGCCAAUCCCUGCCCGGGUACCUGCGGCCAAGAUGCGCUAUGCAAUGUCAACAACCACAUACCAAUCUGUUCCUGCCCGGAAGGUUACACGGGUAAUGCCUUUAUGCAAUGCUCGCGACAGGUGACACCACUGCCACCCUCGGAUCCAUGCUAUCCAUCGCCCUGUGGCCUCAACUCUGUGUGUCGUGUGCAGCGGGAUCAGGCUGUCUGCGAAUGUCUGCCCGGCUUCUUUGGCAAUCCAUUGGGUCAGGGCUGUCGACCUGAGUGCACACUCAGCUCAGACUGUGCCAAGGAUCGUGCGUGUGUGAACAACAAGUGCGUUGACGCCUGUGCUGGAGUUUGUGGCUACGGCGCCGUCUGCCAGACAAUCAAUCACAGUCCCAUUUGCUCUUGUCCUGACAACAUGGUUGGUAAUCCGUUCGUGCAAUGCGAAGCGCCACGUACCGUCGAUGUCGAUCCCUGUCAACCAUCGCCCUGUCGCAGCAAUGGUAUCUGCCGCGUACAAAAUGGCGCUGCCACAUGCAGCUAUCCGGAGUGUGUUACUAACGAAGACUGCUCCCGGGAUCGCGCUUGCGUCAGUCAGAAAUGCCAUGACCCAUGUCUGCACGCCUGUGGUCUCAACGCUAUUUGUCGUGUUAUUAAUCACAAGUCCGUGUGCAGUUGUCCUCCAGAUUUCUAUGGCUCACCGUACGCGCAGUGCGUGCGCCAAGUGCCUCAACUGGAUCCACCAAGGCCCGAAUGCACCAGUGAUGGCGAAUGCAGCAACGACAAAGCAUGUAUCAAUCAGGUCUGCCGCAAUCCCUGCGAGCAAUCAAAUCUGUGCGCACAGCAAGCACGCUGCCAUGUGCAGCUUCAUCGUCCGCUCUGCGUGUGCAAUGAAGGCUACACUGGCAACGCCCUGCAACACUGUUACCUCUUAGGCUGUCGCUCCGAUAGUGAGUGCGCGCCAACCGAGGCAUGCAUUAAUGAGCAGUGUGUGGACCCGUGCACUUUUACCCAGUGCGGCACAGGAGCCAUCUGUCGCACCGACUUCAAUCAUCGAGCCCGCUGCCACUGCCCCGAUGGCUACCGCGGCAAUCCUCUACUGCGCUGCGAGCGACCCGAGUGUCGAAGCGAUGACGACUGCACCUUCCGUUUGGCGUGCCGCAACGAGCGCUGUGAAGAUCCCUGCAAUUGUGGUAUUGGCGCUCAGUGCCGUGUAGAUAACCAUCGCGCCCAGUGCCGAUGCCCGGCCGGCUAUAGCGGCAAUCCAGCAGUAAGUUGUGAAUUGCUGCCCGUCAAGCCUGAAGGCUGCACUAUGGAUGCCGAAUGCCCCAGCAAACUGGCAUGCUUCAAUGGAGAGUGCAAGAACCCUUGCGAUGUGACCCAUCCAUGUGGCGCCAAUGCCAUCUGUGAGGUUGUCGAUACACUGCCCUUGCGUACUAUGAUCUGUCGCUGUGAGCCUGGUUACGUUGGUGAUGCUGACAUUGGAUGUCGCAAAGAACCGACACAUGACCAAGGGUGCGUGUCACAUGAUCAAUGCCAAAAUACAGAGUCCUGCCGCGCUGGCAACUGUGUCAAUCCUUGCCUGGAUGCAUCACCCUGUGCGCGCACCGCUCAAUGCUUAGCGCAACAGCAUCGCGCCAUCUGCAGCUGUCCACAGGGUACCCAAGGAGAUCCAUUCACCAACUGCUAUCAGCCACCACAAAUUACAGCUGGUUGCGCCCACGACUCGGAAUGUACGCCCACAACGGCAUGCAUCAAUAAACGCUGCCAGGAUCCUUGUGCCGAGGCCAAUCCUUGCGCUGGCAAUGCCGAGUGUCGCGUGCAAAAUUCGCGACCUACCUGCUACUGUCCCCCUGGAUGGGGUGGUGAUCCCCAAGUUCAAUGUUUCAAACCGGAGUGCAAGAUUAAUGCUGAUUGUCCCUAUGAUAAGGCUUGCCUUAAUGAAAACUGUGUCAAUCCGUGUACUCAUGGUCAGGUGCGUUGCGGCAGCGGUGCCGAAUGCCUACCACAGAAUCACCAGGCUGUCUGCCGCUGUCCCGCCGGCACGCAGGGCAGUCCCUUCAUCGCUUGCAUUACUGGACAUUGUCAGUAUAACGAGGAUUGUGCCGAUAAUGAGGCCUGCGAUCGCCUGAAUCGCGUUUGCCGUCCAGUUUGCGAGCAGGACACCUGCGCCGUGAAUGCCCUUUGUGUGGGACGUCGUCAUCAGCCACAAUGCGAGUGCCGUGCAGGCUACCAAGGCAAUCCCUUCGUGCUAUGCCAGGAACCCAAGCGUGAUCCACAGCCGCAGUGUACACAGGACGCCGACUGCCCAUCGAAAUUGGCAUGUAUUAAUCAGCGCUGCGAAAAUCCAUGCGCCACACCACAUGUCUGCAGUCCACAGCAAAGCUGUGCAGUCCUGGACACAUUGCCACUGCGCACCAUGAUCUGCAAGUGUCCCAGCGACACUGUCUCCGAUAACUCUGGCAACUGUGUGCCUAUCCAAACUGUCAUCGUCCCCGGCGGCUGUCAGCAUAAUGCAGAGUGCGCUAGCUCCGAGGUAUGUUUGCAUGGCAGCUGUCUGGACGCCUGUCGCCUGGAACGGUGCGGCGUUAACGCUCAAUGUAACGCGCGUGAUCAUUACGCGCAAUGCAGUUGUCCGGCUGGUUACCAAGGUUAUCCACGCAUCGAAUGCUACACAACAGACAUAGCCAUCCCGAAAAUUCCGGGCGCCGAGUGUACACGCAACGAUGACUGUCCUCGUGAUAAGAACUGCCAAAACGAACGCUGUGUGAAUCCAUGCGCAGCGGAUGCCUGUGGUCUGGGCGCCUACUGUCAUGUACAAAAUCGGGCCGCCGUCUGCCGUUGCCCGCCUGGCUAUACUGGUGAUGCACGCGUACGGUGUCUGCCACCUUCGGAUGUCAUCACAGUAGGCUGCAAGUCGAAUUCCGACUGCCCUAUUUCGGAGGCGUGUAUCAAUGCGCAGUGCAUCAAUCCUUGCAAUUGUGGACCCAAUGCCGAGUGCACUGUUAAGAAUCAUCAUCCAAUAUGCUACUGCAAGCCCGGCUAUUCAGGCAAUGCGCAGUUCGGCUGCGUACCUAUUGGCUGUCAGUCGGACGAUGAGUGUUUGGGCGACAAGCAGUGCGUUCAUCGUGAGUGUAUCAAUCCAUGUCUCGUUUCCGAUCCUUGUGCUUUGAACGCGGAGUGUUAUGGCCGUAAUCAUCGCGCUAGCUGCCGUUGUCCCGUCGGCCUCGAGGGUGAUCCAUUUGUGCGUUGUGUACGACUGGAAUGUCACUCCGAUCACGAUUGCGCCUCCAACUUGGCUUGCGUUGCUAACCAGUGUGUGAAUCCUUGCGCUCAGAGCCCUUGCGCUCAAAAUGCUAUCUGUCAGGCGCUUAAUCAUCGCGCCGUCUGUCGGUGCCCAGAGCAAAUGCCAUUAGGCAAUCCAUAUGCCUUCUGCGAACGCCGACCAAUUGAGCCAGUGUGCCGCGACGAUGGUGACUGCCCCAGCGGAUUGGCCUGCAUCGAUGCUAAAUGCAAGAACCCAUGCACCGAACUUUCACCCUGUGCACGCAGUGCCCACUGCAGCGUGCUGGACAGCGUGCCUGUGCGCACCAUGGUUUGUGAGUGCCCUGAGUCACAAGUACCGGAUGCCAGCGGGGAGUGUCGCCAGCUGGUGUUACAGAGUCCUCCCGGCUGCGAAAGCGAUUUGGAUUGUAACGAACAGGAGGCCUGUGUGAAUCGUCAAUGCCGCAAUCCUUGCAACUGCGGUACCAACGCUAUUUGUCAUGUUCAACAACAUCGCGCCGUGUGCAGCUGCCAGGAUGGCUUCGAGGGCAAUCCUUAUGCCGCCUGCCGCUCCAUUGGUUGUCGUGUCGACGGCGAAUGCGACUCUGGAAAGGCCUGCAUCAAUGGCAAUUGUAUCAAUCCUUGUCUACUCAAGGAUCCGUGCGGCCCCAACGCCGAGUGCUAUGUACAGUCCAGUCGCGCCCAAUGCCGCUGCCUUAGCGGCUAUCGCGGCAAUCCAUACGAGCGCUGCCGCGUCAUUGGUUGCAGUAGUAACAACGACUGCCCCACAGAUAAGACUUGCCAGAAUGAGCAAUGCGUUAAUCCAUGCGUGUAUCACAAUGUCUGUGCACAACGCGCUGAGUGUCGCCCACAAAAUCAUAUGGCCGUGUGCCGCUGUCCGUCGAACUUCUUGGGUAAUCCCUAUGUGGACUGUCGCCCACAACCACAGCCCGUUUGCAAACUGGAUACGGACUGCCCAGCGCGCCUGGCCUGCAUUAACGAGCAAUGCGUCGAUCCCUGCUUAGUAUUGGAGCCCUGUCAAAGACCCGCCCAGUGCCAGGUGACACCAACGGCUCCUGUACGCACCAUGAUCUGCAUUUGUCCCGAUGGCUAUAUCAGCAGUGGCAGCGGCAGCUGCAAGCCUACCACUAGCGUGGUCAAGGUGGGCGGUUGCAUCUCAGAUACCGACUGUGCCGCUGAUAAGUCUUGCGUGAGCGGCAUUUGCCGAGAUCCGUGCAACUGUGGUCUGAAUGCUGAGUGUCGCAUUAAGGACCACAAGCCAGUUUGUACCUGUCGUCAGGGCUACGAGGGCAAUCCCGAGUUCGAGUGCGCCAAGAUCGAAUGCACCAUUAAUUCAGAAUGUCCGGCCACACAUGCCUGCCGUAACCAGCUCUGCGUGCCCGCCUGCCAGGGCGAGCUUUGUGGACCCAAUGCCGAAUGCCUAGCUAUCAAUCAUCGAGCCGUUUGUGAAUGCGCCCCUGGACAUGGCGGAAACGCACGUCUGGGCUGCACACCGCUUGGCUGUCGCAACGACGAUGAAUGUCCUUCGGAUAAGGCUUGUGUAAAUAGCAAAUGCGCAAAUCCUUGCGAGACUACGGCCAUUUGCGCCAACGAUGAGCUUUGCUUGGUCUAUCAACAUAAGCCUCAAUGCGCGUGCCCACCAGGAACUGUGCCUGGUCGCAGGGGCUGCGAACAGGAACGAGUGGUGCCUAUCUGCAUCAGCGAUGCCGAUUGCCCAACUCAACGCGCCUGUCUGCGCGGCGAGUGUGUGAAUCCUUGCAAUUCUACGCAACCCUGCGGAGUAAAUGCCGAAUGCCGAGUCCUAGACACGCUGCCCGUGCGCACCAUGAUCUGCGAAUGCCUCGAAGGCUACACCGGAAAUGCAGCUGUACAGUGCGACAAGCGCUCGCUCUGCGUCAUCGAGAAAGGAUUUGUGCGCGAUGUCGAUGGUCAGUGCGUAUGCCCGCCGGGCAGCGCCCUUGAUAUCUAUGAGUACUGCACACCAUGCCUGGUUGAGCAGGGCUAUCGCAUCGAUGAAAGCGGCCACUGCGUAUGCGCAUUGGAACGUGGCAUGGUAAUUGAUGAGCGUGGUAGCUGCACUUGUCCAAUUGAGCUGGGCUAUCGCCUGACACCUCUGGGUGAGUGCCAGCCCGUGGAGCAACCUGAGUGUGUGAGUAAUGAGCAGUGCGCGGAUAAUCGCUACUGUAAUCCAGAAUCAAAGACCUGCGAGGAUCCCUGCUUAACCAAAACGUGUGGUGUCAAUGCCUUCUGCAAUGCGGUGAAUCAUCGGGCCCAGUGCCAGUGCAUCACCGGCUAUACAGGUAAUCCGGAGCUGCAUUGCAAUCACACCAAUUUCCGUACCGACUUCCCCCGACCCGACAUGGUUGUCAGUUGCUUAGCUGAUGGUGUUCAAGUUGAGAUUCAUAUCACCGAGCCGGGUUUCAAUGGCGUGUUAUAUGUAAAGGGACACAGCAAGGAUGAGGAGUGCCGUCGCGUUGUCAAUUUGGCUGGCGAGACGGUGCCACGCACCGAAAUCUUCCGUGUCCACUUUGGUAGCUGCGGCAUGCAAGCCGUAAAGGAUGUUGCCAGUUUUGUGCUGGUCAUACAGAAGCAUCCCAAGCUAGUUACUUAUAAGGCGCAGGCCUACAACAUCAAGUGCGUCUACCAGACUGGCGAGAAGAAUGUGACCCUAGGCUUUAACGUAUCCAUGCUAACAACUGCCGGAACAAUUGCCAAUACUGGACCACCGCCCAUCUGUCAAAUGCGAAUCAUAACCAAUGAGGGAGAGGAGAUCAACUCAGCCGAGAUUGGUGACAAUCUACGUCUGCAAGUGGACGUUGAGCCAGCAACUAUUUAUGGCGGCUUCGCGCGUUCUUGCAUAGCUAAGACCAUGGAGGAUAAUGUGCAAAACGAAUAUCUUGUAACCGAUGAGAACGGCUGUGCCACAGACACAAGCAUCUUUGGCAACUGGGAGUACAAUCCGGAUACCAACAGUCUGCUGGCCAGCUUCAAUGCCUUUAAGUUUCCCUCCAGUGACAACAUACGUUUCCAGUGUAACAUUCGCGUAUGCUUUGGAAAAUGUCAGCCAGUUAAUUGUGGUGGCUAUAAUGCCUUUGGACGCAGACGUCGCUCCAUUACGGACAACUCCACCGAUACGACAGCCAUUGCCACCAGUACAGGUGUCGAGGGUCAGCUGCGCGAGGAGAUAACUAUCUCUUCCAAUGCCAUAUUGACAUUCGAGAAACGCAGCGGUUCAGGUCUGAAUGAUGCCAACAUCAAACCGGCGGCCCAGCGCGUUGAGGAUAUUUGUGUCUCAAUGGUGGGCUUGAUUAUAGCUCUGGUUAUCACGGCGCUGCUUGCACUUGUCGCAGUCGCCGUGGCGGUCUCCUGUUGGCUCAUGGCCUACAGAAGAAGGCCCAAAACAUUGGCGCCAUUGCCACACCCGCCAGAGUUCCCCAAUCCACUGUUUGCCAAUGCAGACGCGGCACCCGAACCAACACCGGACUAUAUCUCCUAAACCGUAAUGUAACUAAAAACAAAACACCCACAGACAAAACAAAACAAAAACACCUAGCUAUAAUAAUAGUAUGUAAAAACAGAAAAGAUGAAUAUUUGAAAAGCACGUGCAAAAAGCUAGAAACGAAAUUAAAUUUCGCGCAAAAAAUGCAAUGAUAUGAAAGAAAAAACAAAAGUAAAGUUGUGAGCAGAAAAUAUAUUCGUUGGCGUUUAUGAAACGUUGACGAAAAACGAAGCAUUAAAUGAAUUGUAAAAAGAAAAACGACAAUAAGAUAAAUGCCACAAAAGGCAUUGCAGAAAUUUAUUUAAUAACUUAAGAAAAUAAUUUUAUUAUUUUGUAUUAACAUUUUAGUAUUUUUUCCUUACUAAUAUGAGAAUUUCGCGUAGUCGCACGAAAACAGUAAUUUUUUUUUUAAAUGCAACAGAAUUUUAGAACCGAUACUGCCAAAAGUAAUUAUGAGAAACAGAUCAAUACAGAGAGAAGGUUUAGAUUAAAAAAGCAGCUACAAACGAAUUCUCGUCCUCUAACGACAACUUCUUCAUUAGUCGAUUACAAUUACAUAUUGAUAUUUUGUUAUAUACAUACAUAUACACAGACAUAUUAUAAAUAUAGCUAAAGACUUCCUAUAAAUGUUUAGGGUGUGGGUAGUAGCAACAACACUUUGUAUUAUAGCACAAAUACACACGUAAACACAAACACACACACACUACUACUUCCUGUGUAAUUUAGGAAAUGAGCUCGCCUUCAAAAUUGAAAACUGCCUUAAUUUUCCACUACACUAAACGAACAAUGCACCCAAAAACAAAACAAAAAAUACUCCUUAGCAAAACGUAAGCUUAAAAUGGAGCAGUGAAUUUCCACAGCCAAAAAAAUAUAAUCACAGGACAAUAUGUCAACGAUUGUCUUUCACGGAUUAUAUUGAAACAAAAAAGUUCAGCACAUUCACACACACACAGAUAGACCACAAAAAACAAAUGAACUUGGGCAUAGUUAAGGCUGCUCCAAAAAAAAUUAAUAUAUGAAAAACAAAAAAAAAAACUGCCACGAAGGCGUCAAAAGCGCACAAAAGAUUAAUGCAUAGGAGAAAUAUUUAAGGUUUGUUUUAAUUUUAAAUGCAACGCCGACUAAUGGAGGAUUUGAACUAUGACUAUAACUCUACUACAUACUACUAUGAUUAACCAAUUAUUUUUGUAGUUUUUUAGUCAAUUAAUAUUAAAUUGUUGUGAUUGUUUUAAAAUGCAAACGAAAUACUUCCACUAAAUAACUAAUAACGCGAAAAGUAUAGCAAGUACUUUAAAAAGGCAACGAAUCGGCGUGUUUUCUGACCCGCGCAUCCAUCCAAGCACAGAACGCAGCUGUUAACGCGCCUGAAAUUAUGCAGCGAAUUUUUUGUUUCUGGCGCCUGUUCACAGCGCGCAACUGUCGCUUGGGGGGAUGCGAGAUGCACGCCGCUAUAUUUAAAUUAUCUAAAAUGAAGUUUUAAAUUAAUAUUAUUAAACAUAAACAAAAUGUAUAGUCACUACUUUAAGCCGAACGUGAAAUCACUUUUUUACAGUGGAAAUACCAUGAGAACUCGCACAACUUACACACACACCCACAGUAAGAAACCACUUGUAAAUAAUACAAUACAGGCAAAAAAUCGACGGUAUUUUUAAUAGCGCAUUUUUGUGUAUAGGUUUCUAAACUUUCAGACACUUCUGUCCAGCAAUAGUAACAUGCCAGAAAUAAAAUUAUUUUCUGAUUUCAAUCACAAAAAAAAAAAAAAAAA